AUGGCCCAGAUGGACGCUAUGCCCAUCAGAUGCCCACAACUCUGUGGGGCCUCAUAUGGAUUCAUGUGGGAAUGUAGCCCUACCACUGAAAUUGGUAUGUCUAGUGGUGAAAAGGCACAGGCUUAUAUACCAGCCUGGGCGUGGAGAGCAGGGUGUGGGUUGUCCCCAAUAUUGCCUCCUGUUGUGGAUGAUCUCUGUGUGUGGCUCAGAGGUGAUGGGACAUCCUACAUUUACCUACAUAAACAAACAUCCGGAUCCCAACUGAACCAAGCCAGUGGUAUCGGAUGAAAUCUGGACACUGACUAUAUUUGAAACCUGCUAGGAUCUCCUCUAGCUUUCGUUUAUUGUUUUUAUUUUUGAUUCAUUAAAUCUGCUGCCCACUAUCCUGAUUACCGUCCGGAUACCUUGCCUCUAGCUAUCUAAUAUAUGUAAUAAUAUCCAUUUAAUAUUUGUUGACAGUUUAAUACAUCUUGAUUGCUAUCUGUUGGUCUUUUCUAAGUUUGCCUUCACAGACAGUCACUCAUGUUGUGUUUUUUUUCCUCAUUAUUUACAAAUGUAGUCAGCUAUCAUGACAAGCACACUAUUUUUUGCUCCUAUCCUGACUCACACUCAUUUCAUGCAUUAUAUAAUAUAAAAUGUGCAGUAUCCUCGACAUUUACGUUACCUCCAUACACCCUUUAUUGUCAUACAUACGCUUGUUUAAAUGUCUAUACUUGAUUGCUUGUAUUACUCUGCACACCAAAAUAAAGGAUGUAAAAAAACAAACAAUAAUAUUGUAGAAUAUCCUAAAUAAAGUAUGACAUGUCUUAAUCCAAACUCACAUGUAGUAGAGCCAAAAAUACACAAAAUGAGCAUUUAGUAAUUAUUAACAAUUGCCCACUAAUAUAGGGAAAGCUUUAAAAUAUCAACUUGAUGCAUAGUGUUUCAGUGAUUGACACCUACUCUUCUUCAUCAUUUUACCAGGGUUUUAAAUGGGAUAAAUGCUGAAUAUGCUCAAAUGUGUGGUAAAAUCACAUAAACUUUACUAUUAAAUAUUCACAUUAAAAUCAAUACUUCACUGGCGUAUAUAAUAUCCAUGACACAUUUCACUAAUAGCUUCUGCAGUCCAAAUCAGCAUGUUACCUCUAGCUAUACAAAUAUCUUCAUUGAUUUCCACAUGUACCUACCUUUUUCCUCCUCUUAUAAUGACAUAGAGUCAAUAGCGUUUCAGUACAUGGCUACAUCAGUUCUGAUACAAAUGCUGGAUGUCGUCAUAUGUUUAUGAGUGGCAUUCCAAUUCUGAUUAAGUGAACGGAAAACCAAAUUUAUUGUUCAUUUUUCCAUUCUUCAGUAUACAGGGAGUGCAGAAUUAUUAGGCAAAUGAGUAUUUUGACCACAUCAUCCUCUUUAUGCAUGUUGUCUUACUCCAAGCUGUAUAGGCUCGAAAGCCUACUACCAAUUAAGCAUAUUAGGUGAUGUGCAUCUGUAAUGAGAAGGGGUGUGGUCUAAUGACAUCAACACCCUAUAUCAGGUGUGCAUAAUUAUUAGGCAACUUCCUUUCCUUUGGCAAAAAUGGGUCAAAAGAAGGACUUGACAGGCUCAGAAAAGUCAAAAAUAGUGAGAUAUCUUGCAGAGGGAUGCAGCACUCUUAAAAUUGCAAAGCUUCUGAAGCGUGAUCAUCGAACAAUCAAGCGUUUCACUCAAAAUAGUCAACAGGGUCGCAAGAAGCGUGUGGAAAAACCAAGGCGCAAAAUAACUGCCCAUGAACUGAGAAAAGUCAAGCGUGCAGCUGCCACGAUGCCACAUGCCACCAGUUUGGCCAUAUUUCAGAGCUGCAACAUCACUGGAGUGCCCAAAAGCACAAGGUGUGCAAUACUCAGAAACAUGGCCAAGGUAAGAAAGGCUGAAAGACGACCACCACUGAACAAGACACACAAGCUGAAACGUCAAGACUGGGCCAAGAAAUAUCUCAAGACUGAUUUUUCUAAGGUUUUGGACUGAUGAAAUGAGAGUGAGUCUUGAUGGGCCAGAUGGAUGGGCCCGUGGCUGGAUUAGUGAUAAAGAACGAAACUCCAGUCUGACUCCAGGCGCCAGCAAGAGAGACGGAAGUGGAAGUACUGGUUUGGGCUGAGGUAUCAUCAAAGAUGGAGUCAAGCUCAACUCCCAGUCCUACUGCCAGUUCCUGGAAGACACCUUCUUCAAGCAGGAAGAAGUCUGCAUCCUUCAAGAAAAACAUGAUUUUCAUGCAGGACAAUGCUCCAUCACACGCGUCCAAGUACUCCACAGCGUGACUGGCAAGAAAGGGUAUAAAAGAAGAAAAUCUAAUGACAUGGCCUCCUUGUUCACCUGAUCUGAACCCCAUUGAGAACCUGUUGUCCAUCAUCAAAUGUGAGAUUUACAAGGAGGGAAAACAGUACACCUCUCUGAACAGUGUCUGGGAGGUUGUGGUUGCUGCUGCACGCAAUGUUGAUGGUGAACAGAUCAAAACACUGACAGAAUCCAUGCAUGGCAGGCUUUUGAGUGUCCUUGCAAAGAAAGGUGGCUAUAUUGGUCACUGAUUUGUUUUUGUUUGUUUUUGAAUGUCAGAAAUGUAUAUUUGUGAAUGUUGAGAUGUUAUAUUGGUUUCACUGGUAAUAAUAAAUAAUUGAAAUGGGUAUAUAUUUGUUUUUUGUUAAGUUGCCUAAUAAUUAUGCACAGUAAUAGUCACCUGCACACACAUAUAUCCCCCUAACAUAGCUAUAACUAAAAACAAACUAAAAACUACUUCCAAAAAUAUUCAGCUUUGAUAUUAAUGAAUUUUUUGGGUUCAUUGAGAACAUGGUUGUUGUUCAAUAAUAAAAUUAAUCCUCAAAAAUACAACUUGCCUAAUAAUUCUGCACUCCCUGUACAAAUGCACACACUUUUGUAUUUUGAACACAUCCCAAGCACAAUGUCAAUUUCUGGAAAAAUUAGUCAGAUGAACCAACAAUAAAUAAUAAUAAAAUUGUUCAAAGUACAAAAGUACACUAUGAUUGUAUCUAUUGUUGAUUCAAUUGUUGAUAAACUUGUUACUAUUAAAGGGGCACUAUAGGCACCGAGCCCACUUCAGCUCAUUACAGUGCAGUGUCCCAGACCACUUCACCCUGCAAUUGUAAUUAUUGCAGUUUUUAAUAAAAUGCAAUAAUUACCUGCCUGGGUUAACUCCAUAACUAGAGGGAUUUCUUGGUCAUUAGGUGACUUUUGGUCACCUGACACUGGAUGUCUUCAUGCUAUGCAUUAUACAAUCGCCACACAUCACUGCGCAUGUGCAUUAGGUCCUCCCCGCCGACUGACGUUGGCAUUGGAGGAGCACCGUGGGACAUCUGAACUGGAAAUAGGUAAGUGACAAGUUUUUGACCCCUUGUACACCACGGGGGUGGGGCAGGGCAAGUUAGGGGGGGGCACUAUAGGGCACUUUAACUGAUAAAGAAAACUAUUUUUAGAGUCAGGAAGCUGAAAAAUAUCCAGCAAAUAUAAAACUGAAAAUUGUAGGCUAAUUGAUUAUCAUAGCAAAUAGUGUUUUUCUUUUUCAACUUUAAAAUGUUCUGUCUUAUGUAAUAUGUAAAAUACUGACAUGCUGUUAGAACAGAUCUGGUCACAUGAUUGCAGAGCUCUCUAGGAAGAACCAUGAAAUGCAGGUACCUGCAAGUAUACAAACAGCAGUCACAUACAAGUAUAGAGCUGUGUCAUACAUAAUAAAGGAUACAAUAGCUAUACAUUUUACUUAGUGGCAGAAAGAAAACAGCUCAGCAUUGUACAUGGUAUAUAAAGGCCCCUCAUCCUGUGUAACCACACAGCUUGCUUGAACAGAUUACCGCAACAUUGAAAAUGGGAAAGGUAAGGUCAUUUGAAAGCAAUCUAAACUGAUAUCAGCUAAACUCACUUUUAAAUAAAUUGUUGUACUUGAUAAACUGACACUGGAACUUAGGCGAGAAAAUUAAACUCCUCUGCAAUUACUGCCUGUAAAAGUUGAUAGGGCGCAGUUUUUUGUUUUUUUUGCAUUCUAAAAUACGUCCACUUUUUUUCUCCACUUUUUUUCCUACUCAUUCAGUCUGUGUGACCAGUCUUUGAGUGUGUAAUAAAAAAUGCCCUAUUAGCAUUUUAAAUGGACACAAUAGUCACCAGAGCAACUACAGAUUAAUUCAUUAAUUACAUUAGUGCCUAGUAACACUUCUAGUGGCUAUCGCUCAGAUGGCCACUAGAGGUGCUUCCUAGUCCAGUACUGCACAGCGAGCAGCACUGGCAUUGUGCACCUUCUCACACUUCAUGUAAACGGUGAGCAUUCCCCUAAGAUUCAAUGAAACUCUAUGGGGAGAUGCUGAUUGGUGUAACAUGUGAUGUGGGCUGAUUUUGUGUGAUUAAUGGUACUGUAAAUAUAAAAAAUUACAUCAAGCAUAUACUUGAGCUAAGAAACGACCUUUCCAGGAUAGUAUAUGAUAAUCAUGUUGCUGCGGUGUGCAAAACAAUUUUCAGUAAAAUAUUAUACUGUAAAUCUGUUGGGCCAAUUAAGGAAAGUUGUUUAAUCAGACAUGGAACCAAGGAAUAAAAAUACAAUUGACAGAAGCAAAAUAGUACAAUACCUGAUGAACUAAAACACUUGUCUCACUUCAGGUAACACUGUUGUUAGGCUGUAAUUGUGAGAAAAGGUUUCCCAACUGAGAACAAACUGAAAUGGCAAGAUGUUAUGAAAUACACUUUGUUUUCUUAACUUUAUUGUGUUUUUCUGUGUAUGACUUCUUCAUGUUAUUAUUCCUCAAACCUCAGAAAUACAAACUUUACAAUAUUGUAGCCAUUUUUCCACUGCUCUAGACUAAUAGGUGCCGUCUCCCAUAUUUAGGCAUGCCUAAAUGUGCUUUCUAAUCUUAUUCCAUGGACAACAUUGGGCCAAGCCUAACCACCACAUGAACAAGCAUUGGACUUGUCAAACAAAAUUUCAAUUUCGGAAUUCUUUUUUUUUCCUAAACCAAAGAAUCACGCCAUGCACACGUCUAAUGGCAAUUUAAACAAUUAAAAAGCAAACUCGGCACUGCAAUAUAAGGAUAAACUGUCUGAAUAUAAUGAAAAUGUAAAAAACAAACAAACAAGGAAACAAAACCAAAUAUCCAAACUUAUUGUAUGCUCCCUUCAACAUUUUCUAUGAAGAUCACAACUUUCAGGGCCACAAUUAUGAAUGUAGCUCAGAAUUGGCAUUGCAAAAAGGGUUCAUAUUGUGUAGCCAGUAAGCUAAUCAAUAGUUUAGCCAUUUUGCAUUGCCGUACACUAAUAGGUGUCUUAUUUCCAAUAUUUUAGCAUGCCCAAUUGUUUUUUCAAAUCUUAUUCGAUGGACAACAUUCAUCCAAGCCCAACCAACACAUGAACAAGCAUGCAUGGGCCUUGUUGAACAAAGUUUAAAUGUCAAUUAUUUUUUUAUCUAAUCAAUGCGAUGCCAUCUUCAAUCAUUAGAAAUCAAACUAGACACUGUAAUACAAGAGUACGUUAUCAGUAUAUCAUUUUUAAUUUAACAAAACCAAAUAUUCAAACUUACUGUAUGUUUUCUUCAACAGAUUAUUUUCUAUGAAGAUCACAAUUUUCAGGGCCACCAUUAUGAAUGCAGCUCUGAGUGUUCAGAUUUGACCAAAUAUUUUCAGCGUUGCAAUUCCAUCCGAGUGGAAAAUGGAAACUGGAUCCUGUAUGAGAACCCUAACCAUAGAGGACACCAGUAUUACCUUAGGAGGGGAGAAUAUCCUGAUUUCAAUCAAUGGAUGGGGUUCAAUGACUCUAUCAGAUCAUGCCGUAUUAGCCCACAGGUAUAAACAUUUUAUAAAAAACUGCUUUACAUCUAAACCCUUUGAAAAACAUGUGUUAUUACAACCAUAAACAAUUGUAUAUAAAGAAUGAAAGGUACACAUCGAAAUUCAUUUUACAUAUACAUUUAUGUUGGAAAAUGUAUAUUUUUCUUUAGUAUAACAUUAUUAUAAUAACAUUAUUACAAAUUUAAUACAGUAUACCUUAAAUCAAAAAGUAUAUAUUAAACUAUGAAAAUCACUUGAGACAGUAUCAGGAUAACAAGACCCUCACAUGAUUAUUCACUAGACACUGGGUUUACCCUAGAUGGUGAAAACGACUUGAUUCCAUCCAGAAUUCAUAUGUGUGCAGGUUAAAAUUGCUGUUUUUGCAUCCAAAGUCUAUCCAAAGUUUAGGUUUCGGAAUAUUCACAAAGUACUAGUUUACUGAAAUUCAGGAACACAUGCAUUAUGUUGCGUCUGGCCAGUACUUGCUUGCCAUUCACCACAAUUUAAUAUUUUCCUUCUAAUAACCAUGAGUGGGAACAGUAGGAUAUUUCACCAUUGUCUUUUAUUAAAUAGCACCCACCCAUGCCCAGGGAAGGGGUUGGAGGGCAGAGGAAGACUAUGUAUUCAUUAUAAUUUUAAAGGCUCCAUUCCAUGGGAUAUGGCCUUUUUAGUGACUGGGUAGUGUCAAUGGCUGCCCAGUCACUAUUUUAAACAUUUAGGUGAUUUGCCUCCACCUGCUGGUGGAGCCAUAUCUCCAUAUACCUCCCUUACAAUAAUAUGGGGAUCUUAUUGAUUCCCAUAGAAACAUUUUUUUUAAAACUAAUGAACAUGGCGGCUGGUUAGCAAGCACUGACCAGCUUCUACAUAAUUAAUCAACACUGCAGAUAGUUAUUUAAAGAACACUAUAGGCACUUAGACCAAUUCAGCUCAAUGUCCUUGUCCCCUUUAGUUUUGCAAUGCAAUCAUUGCAAUUUUAGAGAAACUGCAAUGAUUACCUUGCAGGACUAAUACUGCCUCUAGUGGCUGUCCUUCAGACAGCCACUAGAGGCACUUCCUGCUUGCUAAGUGACUUUUGGAUGAUGUCGAAGGGAGACGGAAUGCCGACCUUGUCGCUGGAAUCGGGUAAGUGUUAAAAGGGUUUUGUAACCCUGGUAGUGCCAGGAGAAGUUGGCUGGAAGGGGGGCAGAGAGGACUAUAGUGUAAGGAAUACAUAUUUGUACACUAGAGAAUCCCUUCUACUGUUUGCUAUCUGUCACUGUAGAGAUUUAUUUCACUGUUUGCUUGCCAGCAGACAAAUAAUUUGGAUUUUUUUUUUUAAAUCCAGGCCAGGAUUUGAUGCGUCUGGGCUCAGAUUUAAAGCAUUUGGAUCCAGUUUUCAUCCUUCUGACAGCUUUCAAUCCAGCUUAAAUCAGUUGCAAAUUCUGGCAAAAUCCAGACAUUGAUAAGCAGUAUAAACAAUGUCUCGAUUUUACAGAUGGCAUGACCCCGUAUGCAGCUGGAUGGUUUCACCAUGUUCAAUAUAGGACCAUUAGGACUUUAGUGAAUAACCAUGCCAGAGUAUGAUUUUGAUAUUUCAAAUGAAAUACUACAUAUUAUUAUACAGCGACUAAUUGUUUAUGAAUUUACUUUCCCUAAAGCACCAUGGUUUAUUCAGAGUGAAGAUCUAUGAUAGAGAAGAUUUCAGAGAUCAUAUGAUGGAGUUCACUGAAGACUGCCCCAAUGUCUAUGACAGAUUCCGUUACAAUGACAUCCACUCCUGCCAGGUACUUGAUGGCUACUGGAUGUUCUAUGAGGAACCUAACUACAGGGGCCGCCAGUAUUACCUGAGACCUGGAGAGUACAGAAGAUAUACUGACUGGGGUACCACCAGCCCCAGAAUUGGCUCAUUCAGAAGAAUCCACCAUGUCUAAUGAAUUGUAUUAAUGAGGCAAUCAAAGUGCAAUUUACAAUAUAUUAAAUUUAUUAGAACAUUAGUAUGUGUUAUUGUGUUUUUACUGUGCUUAUAUCAGCAGUGUUUUAAAGUAUAAUUGGCAUGUAUGAGAAAAUUAGACACUUCUAUUGUCCCUCUUCUUUAGCAAUGUCUCUCCAGUGCCAUCCUUCUCUAAAUUCUCACCAACAUUGCACCUCUUUUUUUUUAGCAGUGUCCCUACAGUGCCUCCCUUCUCAAUCCUUACUUCUAUUACCCAUUCUUCUUUAGUGGUGAUGCCCCAGUGUUCUCUCCCAGUGCCACCUUUUUCUCAAUUAUCAUGUCCAUUGUCUUUCUCUUCUUUAGACGUGCCCCCCAGUGCCAUCCUUCUCUCAUUUCUCACUUCCAUUGCAUCACUAGCAGUGUCUGCCCAGUGUUAUCUCACUGUCCACUACCUUUCCAGGACUGUCGAAAUGUUUAAAAAAUAUGUGUCCAAGGGCACAGAUUGUUAGCUUAAUCUAUUUGUCCGUCAUGGCAAUCUACUUGUCCUAGAAAGUAUGGGGACCCUGUUUAGGCCAGGAUAUUGGCUGUAUUAUUCACCAAACUUUCCCAAAUGAAAUCCAAAGGGAAAAAUUGACACAAAAAUAGCUAAUCUGGAGAAAUUAUCCAACUCAGCUAUAGUCACAACUGGAAAUGUUUGCGAACAUUAGUGUCUCGCCCACUGUCCUCCCCAAUGGUGUGUGUUUGUUUGUUUUUGUGUUUGUGGCAUGUGCCUACUGUGUGUAAUAUGUCUGUGGUGAGGACUUGCUGAAUAUAUAAUGUGUGUCUGUGGUGUGUGCUGGCUAUAUGUAAUGUGUAUGUGGUAUGUGCUGGCUGUAUGUAGCGUGUGGGUGUCUACUUCACCCCCCCCAUUUUUUGCUUUUCUGGAUCUCUGGUGGUUCACUGGUGGGUCCUAUCACUCAGGCAGUCUAGUGGGGAUCCUGGACUCCAGGUGGUCUAGUCAUGGAGCUAAAGGUACAGACUUUACACUCCCAGCUCUUACACUUUCCUUCCUAGGAGCUGCCCAGCAAUUUGCACACUGCAAUUAAUACAAUUCUUAAACUAAACAAUCUUACUGGCUGGAAAGGCUGGCUGGCGUCUUGUGUCACAGGUAAGUAAUGAAGAGGAACAGGGUGCCUCUUGAUGGCACACAGUUCCACAAUUCCCUCCCUCUGUAAUGAUGUCACUCAUCACUACAGAGAAAGCCAACCAGAGCUGUGUGUAGAACUCAUUUUGUGCAGCUCCUAUUACAUUGCUGUAGCCGACAAUAGUGAUAUAGUAAGCUGUUAUGCAUCUGCUUAGAAUAAAGCAGACUAUUUGUUUAUUUUGCAGUUGUAUGAGUGUACUUCGUAAUGUUAGAGAAAUACAUUUCAGUGUUAUAUUUUUGGAGUAUACUGAGUUAAGCGGGUAGAUUCUAAUUCAAUAAACUCUGGGAUUGUAUUUAUUUUUUGCUUUUGUAAUGCAAUAUUACAUUUUAUCUCUUAUCUCUGUGCAAUUCAGGAACUUUGAGUUUAAAUAUAUGGGUCAUACUCUCUGGUGGUUAAGCAGGGAUUAACGCUGCUUAGUGGUCUAGCAGGUGUAAUGAGAGAUUUUCAGGCAGAGGUGACCUGCCCAAUACCCCAAUUGCAUUGUUCUGUACCUCUCCUUGGGCACUAACUUUUUUAUCACUGGUGAAUGUAGACCUCAAUAAUGGCUCCCUCUCACUAGGCACUCAGACUCAAACUAGGGACAUCCAACAGUUGCGCUGGGACUAACUAUAGAGAGAGCUUUGGAAUGCAAGGGAGUCGUUACUGAGGUUUGGACCUCACGCUGCCAGCUCUGAACCCCUGACUAAUUUAAGUUGCCUGUCCUAGGUGUUGGGUAAUGUGAUUAUUAGAAAUGUUUGACAUGGAGCCACCUUCAAGGGGCUCCCAGGGCAUGUGCCAUAUCUGCUAUACCAUAGGUCCACCACUGCUCUAAGAACAAAAAGAAGUGCAAUAGAUUGGUUUAUAUAGGUUCUGGCCUUUUGUUGAUACUUUGUUUUCUCCAUGUUCAUCUCUUUAGUUUUGCUUUAUUAUCUGAAUAGUAUUUAAAGUUGUGCUAAGGACAAAGAGUACAAAUAAUAACAGGACAAUGAUUAGCCAUGGAGGUAAUAGAUGCUAGCAGCUCAUCUUUUAAAUAAGUGCUGAAAACACAACUAAUAAGAAAACUGUAUACAAACUACACAGGGCUAUACUGAAGAGAGCUGCAAACCCUAGCUUUUUUUUUCUUUUAGCUAAACUAAUAAGAUUUGAAGGUGGAGAAAGACACAGUUUAAAAAUGAGGGUAACAUCUAUAAUAUGCACUUUGCACUAUGCCCAUAAAGGAUUUGGUAGCUAUCCAAAGUGUACUGUUUAAUUUGGUGUGUAUAUUAAAUAUAACAAUGUGAUGAAAUUGAGAUAUUUAGGAAUUUAAAUUUUAAAAUGAAUGAAGUUAUAUGUACUUAGUACAAUAUCUAUCACUCUAAUAAAAACAUAAGACCAAAAAGUAGCUGGACUAGGACAAGGUAAAAACAUACAAAAUAUCACAAAAACACAUUGAUUGGUGAUUUAAAGGGACACUUUAGAGACCUACAACUCUUCAGCUUUAUUGUUGAAGAGUGUGCACUCUUUUUUUUCAUUUUACAAAAAGUCCAGAUUUCAAUAGAAAUUGACACCUUUACAAAUAAACCCAGCUACACCCACUGGCUGUCAGUAAGAAGACCAAUCAUGUUAGUUCUAGUAGUUUAGCCUCGUGGAUAGUGAUGUCCCGAAAGGUUCGCUGAACGGUUCGCCACGGAUGGCGAACAUAAACAUAAACUUUGACCCUGUACCUCACAGUCAGCAGACACAUUUCAGCCAAUCAGCAGCAGACCCUCCCUCCCAGACCCGCCCACCUCCUGGACAGCAUCCAUUUUACAUUGACUGUGAAGCUGCAUUCUUAGUGAGCUGUCCAGGAGAUGGGAGGGUCUGGGAGGGAGGGUCUGCUGCUGAAUUUCCUGUUCUAGUCAACCCUUUAGAAAAUAUAUACAAACACCAAAGCACACCUAGUUAAUCACAAUAGCUCUAUGUUCGUCCAGCAAUAUAUUUACCGUGUAUACACACUUGUCUACAGAAACCAUAUGAAGAUAAAAUAAUAUACAUAGAAAUAAAUAAAUUAUAGUUAUGUUCAAAGAUUUACCUACUAGACCAUCAGGUUCUCAAACUCUGUGACUGGCACAAAGGGGUGUGGCAAAAUGUUUCCUGUUUUUGCUGUGAACAUAGCACCAGGAAACAUUUUCUUCCAGCCUUCUGUAGUGUCGGCAGGCUGGAAGAAAGUGACAUCCUGUCACUUCCUCCCAGAUUUGUGCCGAGUGACAGUGCAGGAGGGAGAGGAUGCAGCCACAGAGGCAGCAUGAAGUGAGGGGAGAAUGAAGAGCUGCUCCACACCCCUCACCUCCAAGUAAGCUAACAGAAGGGUGACUGCGGAUAUCAAAAUGAUCACGUGUAUGUGUUUCUGUGUAUGUCACAUUGUUCAUGUGUGUGUGUGUGUGUAUCUGUGUCAAGGUGUGUGCGUGCAUAUGUGUCAAGGUGUGGUAUCUGUGUCAAGGUGUGUGUGUGUCAGGGUGUGCAUCUGUGUGUGUGUGUGUGUAUCUUUGCAUAUGCAUCUGUUUGUCAGGGUGUGCAUCUUUGUUUGUGUGUAUAUUGUCAGUGUGUGCAUAUAUGUGUGUAUUUGUCAGUGUGCGUAUCUGUGUGUCAGGGUGUGUGUGACGGAUCGCCUGGCACCCAGACUGGGUACCUCUGUCAAUUGCUGCUUCCUAGUACUGGCGAGUACCAUAAGCACUGCACUGGAACACCAUAACCCCCGUAAACCCCACGAACCGCUGCAAUUUGGUUGUUCUAUUAUCAUUUUUGAUAAAGCCUUAUAGGUGAAACGCGUUAAUGGUUUUAAAUUGUGUAUUUUAUAACAAUAAAAGUUAUUUUUGGUUACCUUUUUUAUAGGACCAUUCUUUUACUUAUUUUAUUGUAUUUCACACACACUUUUACCAUUAUUAUUCCUGGCAUUUUUUAUUUUUAUUUUUAUUCUUAUUGUAUCCCAUUCCAAGAAAUCCAUAGGUGGGGAUAAUUCCACCAGCGCUGUGGCAAUAGAGCAAUAUUUUCUGCUCUACUCUUGUGAGUAUAUUUUAUUUUAUUUUAUUUAUUUUAUUGUUCUUACCGAGAGCACUAUUUGCUGUUUCUUAUACCUUGUGGAAUACGACGGAACCCAAGCUGGACGGACGGACCUACCCUUCCAGUACAUCCUUUAGUGGGGAUUAUACCACUAAGUGCCCUUCACCCCAGAGCUGGCCCUAGCUCCCUCAAAUGUGAGUGUACAAUCCUCCUUUUUACUUAUUUUUACCCUUGGAGCUACAAUAUUUCACCAUUGGCAGUUUUUUGUGUUUUCUUUUAUCUUCUCAUAUACGGAUUAUCUACAACCCGGACGGAUCAACUCCUGAGGAUUGUACAAAUACCCUAUUCAUAUAUCAGUGAGACUGUUUUUAUUGAUUUUGUUCAACAUUUUCUUAUCAUUUGAUCUUUACUGAACAUCUGGAUGGACUCUGUUUUAUUCAUUAUUUUUAUAUAAUUGCAAUAGAGACUAUUAUACCCAGGUUUUAUCACUUGCUGAUUAUACACUUCAACCAAUUGGUUUCUAUUUUAUGGUACUGUUCUCUGUACAAUAGUGCAGCCCUUAACUCCUCUUUUUUUUACACCUUUUUGGAGACACAUGAUAUCAUCACGUAAAUGUUGUUCAAGCUAUAUAGUGCCUCAGUGGCCAAACACUAUAUUGCCAAUCAAGAAUACUAUGUUCGAGCAGUGGAAGGCACUAGCAGACAAAAGGAGUGUAAAAGCAAAUUACAAUAUUGGAAAAAUAUAAAUGGUGCCAAAAACAUGCAUAAAAAUAACAGAUAGCGUACCUAGUAUGUAGAUGUAGUAGAUGUACCAUUGUAAUAAUUCUAGCUCAUUGACCAAGGAUGUUACAACAGUUAUUUAAAUAGUUUAUCUAUCAGUCUCCCUAAGAGAUAUAAAGCAAAAAAGAUGUGCACCUAACAGAAAACAAAACUAUACAUAGAAUUUAUGUGUAUAUGAGUGCGCUGGAUCUUGUGUAUUAUAUAUAUAUCUAUAUAUAUGUAUAUUUAUAUGUAGUGAUGUCCCGAACGGUUCGCCGAAUGGUUCGCCACGGAUGGCAAACAUAAACAUAAACUUUGACCCUGUACCUUACAGUCAGCAGACACAUUCCAGCCAAUCAGCAGGUGGGAGGGUCUGGAAAGGAGGGUCUACUGCUGAUUGGCUGGAAUGUGUCUGCUGACUGUGAGGUACAGGGUCAAAGUUUAUGUUUAUGUUCACCGUCCGUGGCAAACCGUUCGGCGAACCGUUCGGGACAUCACUAUUUAUAUCAAAACGGGGGGUUGAGUCAGCGCUAGUCAGAGAGGCAGCAGUCCCAAACAAGGAUUCCUUCUAGUGUCCUUGGAAUACAAAUGGUAGGAGCAGAAAAAAUGGGGGAUGGGUCUGCGCCGAUGUGUACACUGAGUGUUGAGUCCAAUGUAUAUUAUCGUGUCCAAAGUUCUACUUUUGGUGGGGUUCAGAAGGUACGGUAUCGUGGAGAGUAGUCCAAAUAUAAGAAGUAGAAGAGAUCUUACUUACAAUUAACAGAGCUUAACCCAGCUCUGGUGUGGAUAGCUUGCAGCGGUAUUAUCCCCGCUUACAGGAUAUUCGGCAGGUAUCCUCUUCUUUGUGGUAACAGGUGGCCGUAGUUGGGGAAGAUAAAAUGAAGACAGUAAUGGUGCAGUAUGUUCUACACUGAUAAAAAAUAUAAUAAAAUAUGGUAGAUACACUCACAUUCGGUAGAGCUUAGGCUAGCUCUAGUUGGUUAGGCGUACAGCGGUAUCAUCCCCGCUUAUGGGAUAUAUGAGGAGUGAUCACCAAUCAGUUUCACCAAUAUAAGGCUUUAUCAAUGGAUAACAAACCAUUGAUUGUUAUCCAUUGAUAAAGCCUUACAUCGGUGAAACGCGUUUGGAUAUUUUAUACUAUUUUAUAAAUUGUUAAUAAAAGAUUUUGGUCAUUUUUACGUUUAAACCAUCAUCUUUUCUAUCACCUGGCUAUUUUAAUAACUUUCUAUUUAUUUAUUUUUUAUUUACAUUUUAUUUUUUUUAUUAUUUUAAGUCCUGUAUACCAUACUCCAAGAAUCCCAGGUGGGGAUUAUAUCACCUACGCUGUUACAUAGAGCAGUUAGCCUGCCCUAUACACUGUGAGUAUAUUUUAUUAUUUUAUUUUACCAUUCAAGAUUUUAUUGAGAGCACUAUCGCUGUUUUACCUUCUCUUCGAGCUCCUGAUACUCCGAUCAAGAUCACUCCUCAUAUAUCCCAUAAGCGGGGAUGAUACCGCUGUACGCCUAACCAACUAGAGGUAGCCUAAGCUCUACCGAAUGUGAGUGUAUCUACCAUAUUUUAUUAUAUUUUUUAUCAGUGUAGAACAUACUGCACCAUUACUGUCUUCAUUUUAUCUUCCCCAACUACGGCCACCUGUUACCACAAAGAAGAGGAUACCUGCCGAAUAUCCUGUAAGCGGGGAUAAUACCGCUGCAAGCUAUCCACACCAGAGCUGGGUUAAGCUCUGUUAAUUGUAAGUAAGAUCUCUUCUACUUCUUAUAUUUGGACUACUCUCCACGAUACCGUACCUUCUGAACUCCACCAAAAUUAGAACUUUGGACACGAUAAUAUACUCAACACUCAGUGUACACAUCGGCGCAGACCCAUCCCCCAUUUUUUCUGCUCCUAUCACUAUUUAUAUGUAUAUACAUUUGCAAGAAAAAGUAUGUGAACCCUUUUGAAUGAUAUGGAUUUCUGCACAAAUGUGAUUUGAUCAUCAUCUAAGUCACAACAAUAGACAAUCACAGUCUGCUUAAACUACUAACACACAAAGAAUGAAAUGUUGCCAUGUUUUUAUUGAACACACCAUGUAAACAUUCACAGUGCAAGUGGAAAAAGUAUGUGAACCCUUGGAUUUAAUAACUGGUUGAAUCUCCUUUGGUAGCAAUAACUUCAACCAAACGUUUCCUGUAGUUGCAGAUCAGACGUGCACAACAGUCAGGAGUAAUUCUUGAACAUUCCUCUUUACAGAACUGUUUCAGUUCAGCAAUAUUCUUGGGAUGUCUGGUGUGAAUCGCUUUCUUGAGGUCAUGCCACAGCAUCUGAAUCGGGUUGAGGUCAGGACUCUGACUGGGCAUCAGAGAAGGCGUAUUUUCUUCUGUUUAAGCCAUUCUGUUGUUGACUUACUUCUAUGCUUUGGGUCAUUGUCCUGUUGUAACACCCAUCUUCUGUUGAGCUUCAGCUGGUAGACAAAUGGCCUUAAGUUCUCCUGCAAAAUGUCUUGAUAAACUUGGGAAUUCAUUUUUCCUUCGAUGAUAGCAAUCCGUCCAGGCCCUGACGCAGCCUCAAACCAUGAUGCCCCCACCACCAUACUUCACAGUUGGGAUGAGGUUUUGAUGUUGGUGUGCUGUGCCUUUUUUUACGCCACACAUAGUGUUGUGUGUUUCUUCCAAACAACUCAACUUUGGUUUCAUCUGUCCACAGAAUAUUUUGCCAAUACUGCUGUGGAACAUCCAUGUGCUCUUGUGCAAACUGUAAACAUGCAGCAAUGUUUUGUUUGGACAGCAGUGGCUUCCUCUGUGGUAUCCUCCCAUGAAAUCCAUUCUUGUUUAGUGUUUUACGUAUUGUAGAUUCGCUAACAGGGAUGUUAGCAUUUGCCAGUGACUUUUGUAAGUCUUUAGCUGACACUCUAGGAUUCUUCUUCACUUCAUUGAGCAGUCUGCGCUGUGCUCUUGCAGUCAUCUUUACAGGACGGCCACUCCUAGGGAAAGUAGCAGCAGUGCUGAACUUUCUCCAUUUAUAGACAAUUUGUCUUACCAUGGACUGAUGAACAGCAAGACUUUUGGAGAUACUUUUAUAACCCUUUCCAGCUUUAUGCAAGUCAACCAUUCUUAAUCGUAGGUCUUCUGAGAGCUCUUUUGUGCGAGGCAUCAUUCACAUCAGCCAAUGCUUCUUGUGAAAAGCAAACCCAGAACUGGUGUGUGUUUUUUAUAGGGCAGGGCAGCUGUAACCAACACCUCCAAUCUCAUCUCAUUGAUUGGGCUCCAGUUGGCUGGGAGAAAGGGAGCCAUAGUUUUCGCUUAAGUGGGUCGGUUCGGCAUAUAUUGGAGCCAAGGGUCCCAUGUGGAUGUGUAUUGCUGGUAGUGGUGUGUUAGAGAAUAGCACGUCUCUUCAACGCUUCUUAUGGUUUCCACUUUUUGUAUCCACUCUCUCAUUGUGGGUGCGAGUGGUUGUUUCCAGAGGGCUGGGAUGAGUUGAUUUGCUGCUGAGAUUAGGUGUACUAGCAGGGUUUUUUCAUAUUUUGGUAUGUCUUAUGGGGGGAGAAGGAAUAUGUAUAUGUCUGAGUGUAAUGGGAUAUGAGUCUGUAACACCUCAGAAAUCGUGCCAGCUACCCGUGUCCAGAAUCUGCGGAUCUCUGGACAUGUCCACCAAAAGUGUGUUGUUGUCCCUUAUGGCUGGUGGCAUCUCCAACAGUGGUCUGGUACUGUAGGAAAGAGAGCAUGUAAUUUCGAUGGGGUGUAAUGCCAUCUAGCAAUUCUUUUGUAGUUGCUUUCUUGUGUUAUUGUAUUUCUAGCGGAUUUGUGUAUUUGUCUGAAGAUUUGUUUCCAUUUGUCUCUAGGUAUUUCUAUGUUUAAUUCCUUUUCCCAUGUUGUAGUGUAAGCCGGUAAUUGGUGUGGAUGUGUUGUUUGAAUUAUGGUGUACAUCACCGAGAUUAGCUUCUUUUUCAGGUCUUGUUUAGAGCAGUGUUGUUCAAACUCUGCUUGUGUUCAUGUAGUACUGUGUGCUAGUGGGCCUGAGUGAACGAAGUGUACUAUUUGGUGGUAUGGGAAUUUUGAAUCGACGUCUGUGUUUCUAUGAGGUCCUGUAUUGGUUUAACUUUUUCUUCCUCAGUGGUAUCAUGUAUUUCUCCUAAUGUGAGGUAUCCUGCCUGCUGGAAGUGUUUUAGUGCUUUGCCAUCUGCCCCUGGUUGAAAGAGAGGAUUGUGUGAAAUUGGGUAGAGUGGAGAAGGGUAUGGUGACAUCUGUUUAUGUGUUCUCAGAGUCGCCCAAGUGCGCAAGGUAGGCGUGAUUGUUCAAUGUGGACCUGGUAUCAUAAGUGAUUGUCCCACCUUGUGCCAGGGGAUUGUGUAGAUGGGUGCCCUGAAGAAAGUCGUUUCAAUUGUUACCCACUGUUUCAUGUUGUGUGGGAGUGACCAGUCAUAUAUACUAGUUAGGUGCACUGCUUUGUGGUAUUUCUCCAUAUCAGGUAGACCAAGGCCUCCAUGAUCUUUUGGUCUUGUAAGAAGUGGGUAUGAUAAUCGUGGGUUUUUGUGUGCCCAGAUGAAGGUUGUGAGUGUCUUUCGAACUGAGUUGAACCAUGUCUUUGGUAUUGAUAUGGGGAGAACUUGCAGCAGAUAUAGGAUCCUAGGGAGAACAUUCAUUUUGAGAAUGCUCAGCCUGCAGAACCAUCCAAAUUGUGGUUUAUUCCAUGUAGUGAGGUCUGUGUGUAUGGGUUUCAUAAGGUCUGGAAAAUUUCUCUCAAAUAGGUGUCCUUGGUGAUCUAAACUCACAGGUAUUUUAUGUUUUGUGGGGCCCACGCAAACUGGUAUUCCUGUUUUAGUUCUGUUGUCAUAUGUGUUGAUAUGUGUAUGGGGAGGAUUUCGCAUUUACUGAUAUUUGCUUUAAAGUUGGAUAUGGCGCUAUAUGUGUUCAUUUCUUCCAUUAGAUGUUGUAAUGUGUUUGUUGGGUUUGAGAGGGUAAAGAGCAUAUCGUCAGCAAAUGUGCUGUUUUAUGCUCCUCUUUCCCCACUAGUAUUCCUGCUAAGUUGGUGUUGUCCCCGAUUCCCUGUAGGAAUGGCUCUAGGAUGAGUGCGAAAAGAAGGGGGAAGAGCGGACAUCCCUGCCUGGUACCAUUUGUGAUAGGCACCUGGUCAGUGAGCUGCCCGUUGAUCCUGAUGUUGGCUGUGGGGUUUGAGUAUAUUGCACCAAUCCAUUUCCAAUCCAGAUCCAAUUUGGUCCAAAUCCGAGAUGUUGUAGCGUAUAUGACAUCAGUGUCCAUUCUACCCUGUCAAACGCCUUUUCAGCGUCUAUAGACAGAAGCAGACUGGGUUCCUUUGUUCGUGUGGCCUGGUGGAUAAGAUUGAUAAUCUUGGUGGUGUUAUUUUUUGCCUCUCUGCCCGGGAUGAAGCCAGACUGAUCGGCAUGAAUCAGCCUGGGCAGCAGAGGGCGAAGUCUGUUGGCCAGGAUUUUCGUGAAGAGUUUGAGAUCAAUGUUUAUUAGAGAGAUUGGCCUAUAACUACCGCAUUGGGUUAGGUCUUUACCUGGUUUUGGUAGUAGGGUAAUUGUGGCGUUUAGUGCCUGAGGGGGGAGAGAGUUACCUUGAAGUAAUGAGUUGAAGGAUUUUAUAAAGUGAGGGAUAAGAGUUGUGGCAAAGGUUUUAUAAUAUUUUGUAGUGAACCCGUCUGGGCCUGGGCUUUUCCCUAUUGGAAGAUGUUUGAUUGCGUUUCUGCAGUCCCCUUCUGUGAUGGGGUGUUCUAGGGUUUCGCUUAGGUUGUUUGGUAGAGUGGUGUGGAUCCUAUUCGUGAGGAAAGUUAGUAUGUCGUGGGUCGAGGGAGGCGUUUGUCGUUAGUUGUAUAAAGAGUGGUAAUAGUCCUGGAAUGCUUUCGAAAUGUUAGUCAUUGAGUGUGAGAAGGACAGGGAAUAUAGGAACUGACCAGCAAUCAAUAAAAGUUUGGUUGUUGUCGUCAAUUGGUCAACUAUAUAGAGGAUAUAUUAUAUUUUUUAAAGUAACUGGAUGUCUAACACUUUCUUGUUCUAACUCUGGUCACUCUGGGGUGUCUGCCCCUUAGAUGUCCCUGAGUCUGCAGUGGGCUAUAGUAAAUUGGCACCGUUCUUUGUGUGGGGUGAAGCGUGGGUAAGUCAAGUAGUGUAUAUUUUAGAUUUAGUGAGCAUUGGUGGGCUCACGGAGCGAAACCGUCUGGGAACGUGUGGUAGCUUUGUGGAGGUUUGCGUUUUUUAAUUACAACUGGGGGGGGGAUGGAUGAGGAGGGAAUUUGUUUCAUCUUGUUUGGGUUACAUGUCCCAACCCCUGGUCUGUCUCGGUCCGAUCUAGUCUAUUCCCUUUACUAUCGUAGUUAGUUUAUGUCGUUUACUUUUGUCUGUAACGUUAAAUGUUGUUGUUUCCUUGCUGUCCGGUCAGUAGGAGAUGGCGGUCACCUCUUGUUAUAUCAUAGCAUGUCACAUUUUGUGAAUACUUAUAGGUUAAAUACAUAAACAUAUGACCUGAGGUACUGGUUUUGAUUGUAUGUUUCUUUUCACAGGGGUAUUCGGAUUGGGUUCCGGCUGGGAUUGUGGUGUUAUUGAUUGUUCAGUUUUGGGGGGAUAGACCAUUAUGGGUGGUCGAUCUUGUAUUCUCUGAGUUUGGGACAGUCCUGCAGGGAAGGGAGCUGUUGUAGGUGUCUCUCAGUUUUCUAAGGUGUUGUUCCGUUCUUUGUCCUCCCGAUGUUGGUUUACAGUUAGGGUCGUUCUUUGUCUUUUCGCCGGGGACCUCCAUCUUGUUCUUUGCUGUGCUGACGUAUAUGUCAGAGCCAGGUCCGGUGUGUUCCAGUCCAUAAUGGGUGGUUCUGCUUGGUUUAGUGCUUUGGUGAACGGAGCAAUAUCUUGGUGUGUGGCUAUUGAGUACGUGGUUCCGCGGGUGUUUACAAUGAGGGCAAAUGGGAACCCCCAUCUGUAUCUCCGGUUAUGUACACGUAAUUGUUCUGUAAUGGGUCUUAGGGCCCUCCGUGGCUGUAGGGUGUGCCAGGAGAGGUCCUGGUAGAUUUCAAUUUCAUGACCCUGGAAUAAUAUCGGGGCUGAAGUUUCCCUGAGUUGUUUCAGAAUAUCUUCUUUGAGUGCAUAGUAGUGAAUACGGCAUAUAAUAUCUCUUGGAGUCUCAGUCGUGGAUUUGGGUCUCAGGGAGCGAUGGGCUCUAUCUAGGACCACUGGGGUAUCUAUUUUGCGGUUAAGUAUAAGGUUAAAUAAUGUGGCCAGUGUGGUAUAUAGAUUUUCCUCCUCCUCCUCAGGCAUUCCCCUGAUCCGAAGAUUGUUUCUUCUACCCCUAUUGUCUAUGUCAUCGAGGGAGCGCUGCAUAAUGGAGAGGUGUCUUUCUUGAGCCUGGACUUUCGCUGAUAGGGUAUGUAUUUGAGUUUGGUGGGACUCCCUCUCAUCCUCUAGGUCUUGCACCCUGCAGCCUACCUGUUUUAUGUCAGCACUGAGGCCGUCCAUUUUACUUUGGAAGGUGUUUUCCAGUUUCCCCAGCAUUUGUGCCAGGUCGGUCCUGGACGGUAAGUUUUUCAGUAGUUCUUUUAUAUCCAUGUCCACUGAGCAGUGUGAGAUUACCGAUGUAGUGGGGCUCAGCAGAUCUGAGUCUGCGAUCGCCGCCGUCGGCGCCAUGUUGCUUUCCCCAUGCUCUGACAUGCGGUCUGUGUAUUCUUUAAAAAGACGGGUUACCGUGGCAGUUUUUCCAGCCAUUGCUUUACCAGGAUGCUGGGAGGGGGUUUGGGAUUUCUUGUGGUUCCCCAUGAUUGUUGUAAUCCUCCGGUUAUAGCGGUUUUCUCCGUGUUUGCCCAGGAGCUCAGUUAAUGUGCUGCCAUUUAGUUCUACAGUCGGCCACGCCCCUCAGAUCACAUUUUAUGACCAAUUUGUGCAGAAAUCCAUAUCAUUCCAAAGGGUUCACAUACUUUUUCUUGCAACUGUAUAUUGCUCAAAAAAAUAAAGUGAACACAAAAAUAACACAUCCUAGAUCUGAAUGAAUUAAAUAUUCUUCUGAAAUACUUUGUUCUUUACAUAGUUGAAUGUGCUGACAACAAAAUCACACAAAAAUUAAAAAAUGGAAAUCACAUUUUUCAACGCAGGGAGGUCUGGAUUUGGAGUCACAAUCAAAAUUAAAGUGGAAAAACACACUACAGGCUGAUCCAACUUUGAUGUAAUGUCCUUAAAACAAGUCAAAAUGAGGCUCAGUAGUGUGUGUGGUCUCCACAUGCCUGUAUGACCUCCCUACAAUGCCUGUGCAUGCUCCUGAUCAGGUGGCGGAUGGUCUACUGAGGGAUCUCCUCCCAGACCUGGACUAAAGCAUCUGCCAACUCCUGGACAGUCUGUGGUGCAAUGUGACAUUGGUGGAUGGAGCAAGACAUGAUGUCCCAGAUGUGCUCAAUUGCAUUCAGGUCUGGGGAACGGGCGGGCCAGUCCAUAGCAUCAAUGCCUUCGUCUUUCAGGAACUGCUGACACACUCCAGCCACAUGAGGUCUAGCAUUGUCUUGCAUUUGGAGGAACCCAGGGCCAACCGCACCAGCAUAUGGUCUCACAAAGGGUCUGAGAAUCUCAUCUCGGUACCUAAUGGCAGUCAGGCUACCUUUGGCGAGCACAUGGAGGGCUGUGCGGCCCCCCAAAGAAAUGCCACCCCACACCAUUACUGACCCACUGCCAAACUGGUCAUGCUGCAGGAUGUUGCAGGCAGCAGAACGUUCUCCACGGCGUCUCCAGACUCUGUCACAUCUGUCACAUGUGCUCAGUGGGAUUUCUUGAUUUCAUCUGUGAAGAGCACAGGGCGCCAGUGGCAAAUUUGCCAAUCUUGGUGUUCUCUGGCAAAUGCCAAACGUCCUGCACGGUGUUGGGCCUUUAAGCGCAACACCCACCUGUGGAGGUCAGGCACUCAUACCACCCUCAUGGAGUCUGUUUCUGACCGUUUGAGCAGACACAUGCACAUUUGUGGCCUGCUUGAGGUCAUUUUGCAGUGCUCCUCCUGUUCCUCCUUGGAAAAAGGCAGAGGUAGCGGUCCUGCUGCUGGGUUGUUGCCCUCCUACGGCCUCCUCCACGUCUCCUGAUGUACUGACCUGUCUCCUGGUAGCGCCUCCAUACUCUGGACACUACGCUGACAGACACAGCAGACCUUCUUGCCACAGCUCGCAUUGAUGUGCCAUCCUGGAUGAGCUGCACUACCUGAGCCAAUUAUGUGAGUUGUAGACUCAUGCUACCAGUAGAGUGGAAGCACCGUCAGCAUUCAAAAGUGACCAAAACAUCAGCCAGGAAGCAUAGGAACUGAGAAGUGGUCUGUGGUUACCACCUGCAGAACUACUCCUUUAUUGGGGGUGUCUUGCUAAUUGCCUAUAAUUUUCACCUGUUGUCUAUCCCAUUUGCACAACAGCGUGUGAAAUUGAUUGUCACUCAGUGUUGCUUCCUAAGUGAACAGUUUGAUUUCACAGAAGUGUGAUUGACUUGGAGUUACAUUGUGUUGUUUAAGUGUUCCCUUUAUUUUUUUGAGCAGUGUAUAUAUACACAUAUUAUUAUUAUUAUUAUUAUUAUUAUGUUGUUUAUAUAGCGCCAUCAAAUUCCGCAGUGCUUUACAAUGGGUCGACGAACAGACAUGUAGUUGUAACCAGACGAGUUGGACACACAGGAACAGAGGGGUUGAGGGCCCUGCUCAAUGAGCUUACAUGCUAGAGGGAGUGGAAUAAAAUGACACAAAAAGAUAAGGAUAGUAUUUGACUAGUUACAGUUGCAGAAGAGGAAUCAAUCAGGAGCUAUUAAUAGUUUAAUUGAUACGCUUUUAUGUAUGUAUAUAUAUUUAAUGCAGUCCUCAAUAUCAUCCUUAUGUGGGAUGUUACUGUACACCCUGUUCCAAAUUAUUAUGCAAAUUCUAUUUAAGUGUCACAAAGAUUAAAUAUUUUGUUUUUCAGUUUAACUCAUGGAUGGCAUUGUGUCUCAGGGCUCUUUUGAUCACUGAAAACAAUCUUGGACACUUGUGAUAAUUAGAUUGCCAGGUGAGCAAUUAUUAAGCAGAGCACCAUUUUCAUGCAACAUGGGGAAGAAAAAGGAUCUCUCUGCUGCCGAAAAGAGUGAAAUAGUUCAAUGCCUUGGACAAGGUAUGAAAACAUUAGAUAUUUCAUGAAAACUUAAGCAUGAUCAUUGCACUAUUAAGAGAUUUGUGGCUGAUUCAGAGCACAGACGGGUUCGUGCAGAUAAAGGCACAUUGAGGAAGAUUUCUGCCAGAUCCAUGCAUCGGAUCAAGAGAGCAGCUGCUAAAAUACCAUUACAAAGCAGCAAACAGAUAUUUGAAGCUGCUGGUGUCUCUGGAGUCCCACGGACAUCAAGGUGUAGAGUCCUCCAGAGUCUUGCAACUGUGCAUAAACCUUCUAUUCGGCCACCACAAACCAAUGCUUACAAGCAGAAAUGGCUGCAUUGGGAAGAAAAAUACAUGAAGACUCAUUGUCAAACAGUCCUGUUCACUGAUGAGUGCCGUGCAACCCUGAAUGGUCCAGAUGGAUGGAGUAGUGGAUGGUUGGUGGACGGCCACCCUGUUCCAACAAGGCUGCGACGUCAGUAAGGUGGUGGAGUCAUGUUUUGGGCCGGAAUCAUGGGAAGAGAGCUGGCCGGCCCCUUUAGGGUCCCAGAAGGUGUAAAGAUGAGUUUCUGACUUACCACUUUCUUCCCUGGUACAGAAGGAAGAACUACGCUAAUAAAAUCAUCUUCAUGCAUGACACUGCACCAUCUCAUGCUGCAAAGAAUACCUCUGCAUCAAUGGCGGCUAUGGGGAUAAAAGGAGAGAAAGUCAUGGUGUGGCCUCCAUUGUCCCCUGACCUCAAUCCUAUUGAGAACCUUUGGAGCAUCCUCAAGCAAAAGAUCUAUGAGGGUGGGAGACAGCUUACAUCCAAACUGCAGCUCUGGGAGGCUAUUCUGACAUCUUGCAAACAAAUUCAAGCAGAAACUGUCCAAAAACUCACAAGUUCAAUGGAUGCAAGACUUGUGAAGCUGCUAUCAAAUAAGGGGUCCUAUGUUGUAACGUGACCUGUUAAAGUGUUUAAAAAGUUAAAAUGUUGUUAUAAGUUUGAUUGAAAUAGCUUUUGAUUUCAGUAAACAUGCUGCAAACACAACAAAUGACAAUUUUCAGUUCUUUACAACCUAUAAAGUGUUUUGAAACUUACUGUGUAUAAUAAUUUGAAACAGUGCAUUAUAAGUUUUUUAUGUUUAAAAAAAUACUGUUAUCAUUAGGAGGUUUGUCCAAUAAUAUUUGAAUUGUACUCUUAAUAGUUGAUAACAUGCUUGAAUUAUGCUGAUUGUUAGUUAAGUUACAUCAAUUAUUUAGGUCAAUUAGAAAAAUAUAAUUUGCAUAAUAAUUUGGAACAGGGUGUACAAGGAUUCCACAUCCAUUGUUACUAGUAUAGUGUUUUCAGGUAGUUCAUUUAUCUGAAAAUAUACACACACACAAAUUCAUGGCAAAAUAAUAAAGGCCAAAAUAAUACAGUUCAAAGAAAAAGACCCAAACAGUGAUAUGAAUUGAAUACUGAAUGUUCUAAACCAUACAAAUGCUUUAUCCUCAUUCAUACAAUGCAUUCAACUUGUAGAUCCAGUGCAUCACUCUGUGUAUCAUUAAUCUAAUACUAUCUCCUCCCCUACUACGUCAUCUAAUGUGCUUAAUGCCUGUGAACCUUAAAUUGUAAUACUCUAUGUCAGCCACAAAAACAUCCUGCCUCUUCCUAUCAUUGCAUGGAAGUCUUUAAGGGGUGCUUUGGCAACAAUUGUUUGAAACCUUACAACAUUUUGGACUUAUUGGACUUAUUGUACUAAUUCCCAGGGCCCCAGAAAAGGAUUUUUGGCUACAUAGCUGAAGAUGCAUUGUAUCUCAUUGCCCCAAUCCCCCACCCAUGUGUCUCAACCCCCCAUCCCUCUGUGGGUUUUACCCACUUUCCACUUUCCCCACGUGUCUCCUCACCUCACUGUUGUGUAGCUGUGUGCUGUGUGCUUUCCUCCUGCCUGUCAGCAGGAAAUUGUGUCCCCGGGCCUGUGUGUCCUAAGGCGGAUGCCUGUGUCCUCUUAUGGUAGGGCCAGCCCUGCUAAGGCUUCAGUUUUAGUACUUAACUCAGGUUUUCAUUCUUCUAAACUUCCAUUAUCCAAGGGUUCCAGGUAGGUGUGCUCUCUGUCACCACUUCAAUAUGAUUUAGUAUUAGAAUGACUGGCAAUGACUUUCAGGGGUCACCUGGAUUUACAAGGCUAUCCUUUGUUUCUCAAUGUUUCCUGCAAACUUGGAAUGUUUGCUGAUUUUACCAUCAUCAUCUCUAUUACUGAACCUCUUAUUAGCCUGCCAAAUCAUCAGAUGAAUGUAGCAGAGUUUCUUGCAUUAUCCUAUCAUAAAUCAAACAUUUCUCAAUCCCAAAUCCUCCCUAUAGGUAUCCCUGAUGCAGCUAUACAUCAGCUAUGAUUUCCCUAUGAUUGGAGACAUAUACAAAUACUCUGGCACCAAACUCCCUAAAAAUGUGCCUCCAUAGUCAUCUUAACAUAGAAGCCAAACCAAAAGUAUUAAAGAAGACUUAUUUUGUUGAAGGCGGUUAGAACUGUCCUGGCUGGGCAGAAUUGCGAAAGUUAACAUGAAUGUAAUACUGGGAUCACAUUAUCUUUUCCGAACCUUGCCAGUUCUCAUUCCUAAAAAAACUCUCCUUAUCUCUUCUAUACAGCAGGAUGUAAAUUCAAUUAUAGCAGGAAAACCUCACUCUGAGUUAGCAGAUGCUAUAUAGGACUAAAGAGGAGGGGGAACCCAGAGUUUUAUAUUUAAAAAUAUUUUCAUAAUGCAGUAUUAUUAUUAGCAUAUAUUACCAUUCUUCACCUUGUGGGGAAAUUUGCAUUGGGUGGACAUGGAGGGUUUUGGACAAGCUCCUAGAUAAUAUUAUUAAUAUUAUUAUUUUAUUAUUUAUAUAGCGCCAGCAAAUUCUGUAGCGCUGAACAAUGGGUGGACUACCAGACAUGUAAUUGUAACCAGACUAAUGGACGUACAGGAACAGAGGGUUUGAGGGCUCUGCUCAAUGAGCUUACAUGGAGGGAAUGGGGUAUAGUGACACAAUGGGUAUAAAUAGGGGUAAUGAAAUAGGUUGAUAGAAAAGUAAUCACUGAGAACUAGUAGGUUAUUUUUUGACAUUUGCAGAAGAGGAGUCAUGAGGGGCGGGGGGCAGGGAUGAAAACCCACUAACAUUUUAAAUGAUGUGCUUUCCAGAAGUAUCCACUCCUUUUCAAAGAUUUCUUGAAGGAGUGGAUACUGGGUGAAAGUCUAAAGGUGCAGCCCUGGAGAAGUCUUGGAGGUGAGCAUCAGAUGUGGGAGUACGAACAGAGGAUAGGCGUAGGUCUUGGGCAGAGCACUGGGGUCUCUACGGGACAUAUUUGUGUAUUAGGAACUUGUAAGCAAGCACCAGAAUCUUAAAUUGAGCCCUAUAUCUAACUGGAAGCCAAUGUAGGGACUAACAGAGGAGGGAGGCGUGGGAGGUGCAGGCGGUCGGAAAAAUAAACCUCACCGCAAUAAUAGGUAACAAGUAAACAUAAUAUUAUCAGACAAUAAUAAACAGCAUAAUAAAGGAUAAUGGAAUUAAGGUUGGUCCUAAGUUAAGGUAAACAGUCUCUUUAUUUUGGAGGAUUUGUUCAGAAGUUACCAGAUAUGUGGAUCAGGGUUUUCCAGCAGAGUUGAAAUUAAUAGGAUGGUUAGUAAAGUCCUAGAAGGUUAAAUCCAAAGCAAAUCAGGGAUUAAUAGAAAACAAAGUCCAAUUUGAAUUAAAGCAGGAUGUUUGGAUGAAUCAGGAUCGAUCAAAGGAAAUCAGAGUUGAGCAGGUUAUCAGAAAUCAGUUUGAGCCAGGAACAGUUGUCUUAUCAGAAAGAGCCAGGUGCAGAACAAAACAUCUCUCAAUGUAAAGUCCCUGUGGUAAAUUGAGUGUAGCCUUUUGUAGCAGAUUUGGAUUAUUAUCCUAUACAGGUGAGAGCGACUGAGGUAACUAGUGGCUAGGGAGGCCACUAGAGGCGAGAUACAGGUAUUGCAGUAGGAUCGGAUCCUGACAGCAAGUUUCAUAAAGUCCACCCAUUAUAUUUGUUCUCCUAAUAGUGUAACCUACAGAAAACUAGAUCUAUUUGACCAAGCAUUAAAUGUAAUUUAGAAAAUAGUCCUACUAUUACAAUAUAGUCAUAAUAUUGUAGUAUAUCUGAAAGAAAGCAUGGCAUGUAGCUUAAGUAAUCAAACUCAUAUAUAGUAGAAUUAAAAAUACACAAAAUGAGCAUGUAGCGAUUAUUAACAAAUGCCCACUAUAGUAAUUAUUAACAAAAACUUUGCAAAUUAGUGCCUCAGUGAUCAACACCUACUCUUCUUCAUCAUUCUACCACGAUUCCAAAUGGAAUACAUAUGCUGAAUAUACUCAAAUGUGUGUUAAAAUCAAAUAAACCUAACUAUUAAAAAUACAUAUUAAAACGAUACAAUCAUUAAAAUCAAUACUUCACUGGCAUAUAUUAGGUCCAAGCUGGAUGCACUUAUAGCGUUUUCAGUCCAAAUCAGAAUGUUACCUCUAGUUAUACAAAUAUCGUCAUUGGUUUUCUCAUUCAUCUGCCUUUUUCUUCUCCUACAAUGACAGAGUCUAUAGUGUUCCAGUACACGUCUAUAUCAUUUCUGAUACAGACGCUGGAUGUCAUCAUAUGUUCAAAUGUUCGGAAUUCCAUUCCAUUUCCAUUCUUCCGCAUACAAAUGCAGAUGUCUUUUGUAUUCUGAACACAUCCAAAACACAAUGUCAGUUUCGGGAAAGAAUGUUACCAACACACCUACUGUGCACAAGUCUAAUAAUACAACUUUACAAACUACAAAGGUCGUCCAAUACAAUUGUAUUGUUGAUUCAUUUGUUGAUAAAAGAACUAGAUGCUCAUUGACUUUAGUCCUUACUAUAAAGUAAUACAGCUUUAUGAACUAUAAAGGCCAUUUAAUACAAUUGUAUUGUUGAUUCAUUUGUUGAUACUAGGUCCACAACACAUAUUAACUGAUAAAAAAAAAAAAUACAUUUUUGGCUAAUUAAUGGCUAAUUGAUAUUGACACAAAUAUUGCUUUUUUUCCUUUGCUACUUUAAAAUGCUUGUGUAAGUAUGUCAAAUACUGACAUGCUGUUAGAACAGAUCUAGUCACACUAUUGUAGAGCUCUCUAGGAAGAACCCUGAAAUGCAGGUACCAGCAAGUAUACAAACAGCAGUCACAUACAAGUAUAGAGCUGCGUCAUACACAAUAAAGGAUACAAUAGCUAUACAUUCUACUUAGUGGCAGAAAGAAAACAGGUCAGCAUUGCUUUCAAUGUAUGUAAGCAUCAGCAAGAUACAUGGUAUAUAAAGGCCCCUCGUCCUGUGUAACCACACAGCUUGCUUGAGCAGAUCAACGCUAAACUGAAAAUGGGAAAGGUAAGGUUAUCUUAUUAAAUUAAAUAUUCAACUGUUACUGCAGUAGAAAAUCAAUCCAUACCCAAAUUAUAUUUUUUAAUUAUGAACAAUUUGUGUUUUGAAGAAAUGUCUAUCACAAAGCAACUCUAGUGGGUUGGCUUAAAUAGAUAACCAUAAGUAGGCUUUACUGAUAUAAUGAAACAUAUUUGCAUACUAUUCUGCUAUUUUUCCCACGGUGCUUGUCAAUGUAUACUCAAAUCAGCUAAACUCACUUUUUCAUUAUUAAUGUACUUGGUAAACUGAGAAAGGAACUUAGCCUGAGUGGCACAUAGUAUAAUUACACAAUAAAGGUAAGAAACUAAAAAAUUACAAAGUGUUGGAAAAAAAUUUAAAAUUUUAGAAAAGUUAAUAUGUAAAGGUUCUGAAAAUGCACAAAUGUUUAUGUGCAAGAUGUUUAGAUAUGCUUAUUGGCUUUAGUGCUUACAUAUUCACUGCUUAGUAGAAAGUGUAUAACAGUAGCAGCAGUCAUUUUUGCAAUUACGGGCAUGUUGGUACAAGUUUCCAAUAGUCAUGAAAAUAAGUCCUUAAUAUUUUUAAACUUUUAUACUCAUAGUAAUUAAUAUACAGAUGGAUAGGUUAACAGCUAUAAUUCAUCAUAACCUUAAACCAUUUUAUUCCAUUUGGGCUCUAUGGAUUAUUCAAAAGUAUUAACCCAGCUGAUGGGCAUAAUGAAAAGGUCUUCUCACAGUGCAUCAGGACCACACCCAUUUCCUUCCUAUGUUCUUUUAUAUUUUUUAUUUUAAUUUUUCUCCCAGGUCUAUCUUUUUUACAGUGAUGUUAUUAGUUAUACAAAUUGCAUUUAUUUGUAAAAUUAAAUUUUUCCAUUCAUAACAAUGUUACAGGACUUUGGAGAUGAUGCCAACUAGUCUUGAACUUUAGUUUUAGCCAAACUGAUAUUGGGCCAGGUUAGGAUUGGGUAAAUUUGCAUCUCUGAAGUGCCAUGCUGACAUAAAAAAAUGUGAAUGACAAGGUGAUGUCCAAAGAUGGACAGAAUGGAGAGGAAGUAGACUUUUGCAAAUAAGCAGCUCAUUGGUCAGAGGUCUGACCAAUGAUGUAGGUUGCAUUUCCUGUCCAAUUAAGAGGUGAAGAAAAAAAGAGACAGAUGGUUAGGGUACAGCCACUAAACGUUGAAUUUAUUAACCGAUCAAGUAAGAACCAAACAUUACAGAGUAAAAAGUAGAAGCAGUAAGAUAUCUAUAUAUUUUCAAGAAAUAUUAUUCUAUCCACUUUGACUUCAGCUAUUGAGAUAGACAGACCAGCAGUGAUUGUGUCCCCAAUGUAUGGUAUGGUGGUGACAAUUAUAAACCUGAUGAUGAUGAUGACAUUGCUCUUUUCCCCACCACUACAGACAGAGACCUGUUACUAAUAGCUCAGCUGCUACUUGACUACGAGUAUGAGCUGUUGUAUUAUUCCUGAUCUCCCAUACACAGGGGCGUACCUAGGGCAUGUGGCACCCGGGGCGGGUCCUGGGUUUAGCACCCCCCCUUUCCUCUCUCCCCACCCCCGCUUCUCAAAAAAAAAACUACAACAUUUUUAAAAUUUGUUAUAUUUUUUACAUUUUUAAAAACAUUUAUUGAACAAAUUUGUAAACUUUUUAAAACCCCUGCCCCCCUCUACAAAAUCCCUGCACCCCCUCACACACAGUUACAGACAGACAGUCACACACAGUUACAAGCAGACAGUCACACGCACACUGUUACAGGCAGACAGUCACAUAUACAGUCACACACACGGUCACAGGCAGACAGUCAUACACAUAGUUACAGCCACAAACACACACAGUUACAGGCAGUUACACACACAGUCAGUUACAGGCAGUCACGCACAAAGUUACAUGCAGACAGUCACACACACACACAGUUACAGGUAGACGAUUCAUUACAUACGCACGGUUACAGGCGGGCCGUUACACACGCACACAGUUACAGGUAGACGGUUAAGCACACACCGUUACAGACACACACACACAAGACAGACAGUCACGCACACACACACACACACAGUUACACUGAAGACAGUCCGCACCGCACACACAGGCAGACAGUCACACACACACGGUUACAGACAGACAGUCACACACACACACACGGGCAGACAGUCACACACACACACACAGUUACAAACAGACAGUCACGCACACACACACACACGGUUUCAGGCAGUUACACACACACACACACACACACACAGUGACGGUCUCACACACACACACACAUACACACACAGGCAGACAGUUACACACACACACAGUUUCAGGCAGACACACACACACACACACACACACAGUUUCAGGCAGUUACAGACACACACACAGUUUCAGACAGUUUUACACACACACACACACACACACACACACAGUUUCAGGCAGUUACACACACACACACACACACACAGUUUCAGGCAGUUACACACACACAGUUUCAGGCAAUUACACACACACACACACACUCUCUUAUACUUAAUUACAGUGUGGGCUGGAGGAGUGGAUUCAUUGAAGUCCUUCCCUGGAGCCUGGUAGGUGGAGGAGCAGGGAUUUUUCUUCUUGCUGCACCUCCAUGUGCAGCAUUAACAACAGCGGCCCCUGCUCACGGUUAGGCCCCGCCCCUAAACGGCCAUAGCUCCGCCCCCUUCUUCCUCCUGUGCGGCCAGUUCAUCUUGCUGGUCUCUCCAUGAGAGCUGUGUGACACCCCAGACCAGGGUCAAGGCACCCCCUACCAGGUGGCACCCGGGGCGGACUGCCCCCUACACCCCCCCCUUAGUCCGCCACUGCCCAUACACACAGACUUAAUUAAGCACAUAUUAAUCAGAUGUAUAUAUAUAUAUAUAGUCAUAAUCCCCCAACAUGGAGGAAUUAAAAAAAGGAGAGUGUGGAGAAGUCAGACAGCAGCCUGCCACUCUUUUUGACUGUUGGUAAGUACUCUCCUCCUGUAUCUUAUACACUUUGUCAAAGUCCUCCACCUGCUUUAAAAUUGCCAAAUUAUUCAGAGAAACCACCUGCCUCUUCUACCACUGGCACAAAUAGCUCACAUGCUGCCAAUGUUACCACUACCACCACCUCCAAUACCACUCCGAUCACAUAUACUACCAUAAUCAACAAUUCCACUAAUCAAUUGGUGCUAGUGUACAAGCUAAUGUUGUGACAGCUUUCACUGCCCCAAUGCAAAUUCACCUGUUUUAUCAACAAAUACAAGGCCAAGGGUUGAGCCUAAUACAUUGCAGUGUAGCAAAGUUUGAGUGCCCUCCAGAAGCCUGACUUGCAAAGAGGAAAUUGUGCAGCAAGGAAGUGGGAAAGGGGAGAGUGAAGGAUCAACUUACUAUUGCUGGCAUAAAUUAAAAUUUGCAAAAGCACCAGAAGUCUUCAUUACUGAGGGAAGAAGUAUAAAGAGAAUGCACUAGGACAGGCAUCAGGUCUACUUGUACUGUAUCUGAUUAUUUGCAACUCACUUCCACCAGUGGUACCUUCUCCACUACUGCUACCAGCACCGUUAGACAGAGCAGAGACAUGGUGAAAAUAGUGUCAGUAGUUAACAGAGACAGGCUGGAUAGGAACAGUCAGAACCCUCAUGAUGUAGGUUGCAUUUCCUGUCCAAUUAAGAGGUGAAGAAAAAAAGAGACAGAUGGUUAGGGAACAGCCACAAGUAGGUUGUUUUCAAAUACCUUUCAUUGUAAUGGGUUGGUUUCACCCUACCUGGCUUGUAGUGUGACUAUACAUGUUUCUUUUUCAGCCACAAUUUGUAUAAACUGCUAGGGCACUGUUUUUUCCACAUUGAAUAAUGCUCAGUGAUGUUACAGACAGGAUGUGUGGGAAAGUUUUCUUCUGUGUACUAGUGCAGCACAUAGACUUCACGGCACAAGCAGCAUAAAACAGAUUUAUUUACAUUACACAUGCCAAAACAGCUUACAAUAUUUUGGCCAACAGGCCCAGGUAUAAUUCUGCUUAUUCCAUAAAGACUAUAUGCUCCAUUAACACACAUUAAUAUUUUAGGGUUUACUGCCCCUCUAUAUAUAUGAAUGUUUCUUUGUUCAGUAUUCUAAUGUUUAUUUGUUCAGUAUUCUAAUGUUUGUUCUUCUCAGGCUAGAAGUGGUGAGUGGGUUGUCAAUUACCCACUUAUUUUUUCCUUUCAGCUUUUGAGAAAUCCUGUUUUUUAAAAAAUUUACUCUUACUGCUGCCCUACUCUUUUAAAAUGCCCUUCAUUAUACUAGUGGUUAAGUCAUGUGGUGUGGAAAUUGUAGCUUGUCAAAGCUAAUAGGGCACUGCUUUUUUUCCAUGCUGAAGGACAGUCACUUUUUUUCUCAUGAAAAAGGGGAUGGGCAUUGGCAAUUGAUGGGCAAUUGAUGACUCACUCACCACGAGAAGAACAAAUCUUUCCCACACAUUCAGUCUAGUGACAGUCAUUGAGUGUGUAAUAAAUAAUGCCAUUAAGCAAGCAAGAUUCAGUCAGUCAGGGUGAAACCACUACAGGACAUAUUUUAAAGGGACUACAUAGUCACCAGAACCACAACAGUUUAAUUACAUUAAUUACAUUAGUGCCUAGUAAUACCUUUAGUGGCAGUCACUACUAGAGGUAGAGGUACUUUCAGCUUUCAGCUUCUCCAUGCACUUCAUCGAGACGCUGAACAUCCCUCAUAGAGAUGUAUUGAUUCAAAGUAUCUCUAUGAGAAGAUCCUGAUUGGUUCAGCACAUGAUGUGGGCUGAUUUUGUGUGAGUAGUAAUGGUAUUGUAAAUAACAAAAAAAGGAUAUACUUAAGCCAAAACUAAAGCUUUUGGCACGUGAUCUUUUCCAGGAUAAUAUAUGCUUUAAUAGUACUCAGCUCCUUGUCAUUUUGAAGGGGGGGAGGGGGAGGCAAAAAAAAUAGUUUUAGGAAAAUCAUAAUGCACUGCUAGAUAAUAGCACUGACAGAACCAACAGAAGAUCUGUUGGGCCAGUUAAGGAAAGUUGUUAGAAUUAAAAACAAGGAAUAAAAAGACAACUGACAGAAGCAACCAUACAAUAUUGGUUUUAUAGUAUAAUACCUGAUGAACUAAAACACUUGAUUCACUUCAAGGAACGCUGUUGUAAGGCUGUAAUUGUGACAAAAGGUUUCCCAACUGAGAAUAAACAAAAAUAGUGAGAAGUUAUGAACGACACUUUAACAUUGUUGUCUUAAUUUUUUUGCAUGCCCAAAUGUGUUUUCUAAUAUUAUUCCAUGGACAACAUUUAGUCAAGCCCAACCACCUAUAAAUAAGCAUGGGACUUGUCCAAUAAAAUAUACAUUUUAGAUUUCUUUUUUCCUCAACCGUAGAAUCAUGCCAUGGACAAGUCUAACACCAACUUUUAAAUAAUUAAAAUGCAAACUAGGCACUGUAAAAUAAGGAUACAUUAUCAGAAUAUCAUGCAGAUGUAAAAAAAAAAAAACAUGAAAAUUAAACCAGAUAUUUAAAUGUUUCCUUUCACAGAUUAUUUUUUAUGAAGAUCACAACUUUCAGGGCCACCAUUAUGAAUGCAGCUCUGAGUGUUCAGAUUUGACCAAAUAUUUCCAGCGCUGCAAUUCCAUCCGAGUGGAAAAUGGAAACUGGAUUCUGUAUGAGAACCCGAACCAUAGAGGACACCAGUAUUACCUUAGGAGGGGAGAAUAUCCUGAUUUCAAUCAAUGGAUGGGGUACAAUGACUCUAUCAGAUCCAGUCGUAUUAGCCCACAGGUAUAUAUGUUUUAUAAAAAGCAGAUAAUGAAAGAUACACUUCAUAAUGCAUUUUAUUCUGCAAGUCAUGUAUAUUUAUGUUGAACAAUAUAACUUUCUCUUUAGAAUAACAUUAUUACAUACUUAAUAUUAUUUACCCUAAAUCACAGUGUCUGUAUUAAACCAUGAAAAUCACAUUGGAAAGUAUGAGGGUCACAAAACACAUUUGCAGGAUUAUUUGCUAAAAAAAAAAAAGAUUUAGCCCAGAUAGUGAAAAUGACUUAAUUCUGGCCACAGUGGCAAUUUUCAUAUUUGCUAAAUAUAUGUCCAGUUUAAAAUUGCUGCUUUUGCAUUCAAAUUAUAUACAAAGUAUAGGAUUCGGAAUAUGCACAAAGUACCAGUUUUACUAAUAUUCAGGGACAGAUGCAUUCGGUAGGAUGCAUAUUCGCAAAAUAGUGUUCACUUGCUGUUUGCAUGCAAACAACAUUUUAAGUAUUAUUUGCUCACUUGCAGUGCUAGAAAGACUUCUGAUGGUAAGUGUUAAUGAUUUUUUUCUACAUAUGUUAGACUUAAUAGUCCACCUCACUAAUAUUAGUGUGAGCGGAAGUAGGUAGAAUUCCCUUAAUGUAAGGGGGGUGGGGGGGUCUAGGGAAUUAGGUACUCCUAGUCACCUGAGAAGGAUAACAAUGACACAUUUGGUGGGGUGGACAAUGGUAUGUCCACCUCCCAUUAUUUAAUUAUGUAGAGCCCCCAUCUGGUGACCAUGAGUGAGGGCUCUGAUGAGGAACACUAGGUUUCCCCCAGAAUAUUAUUAUUAAGAACAUUAUGUAUUUUGCUUUAAAUUAUAACAGCCCCCAGCAGCCACCUUUGGGUAGGGGCGGGGUAUAUGUGUCUGUAUAAAUGUAAUAUUCUCCAUCUACUAACCAUGGGUGUGGACAUUAGGAUAUUCCACCCAUUGUCUUUUAUUAAAUAGCCAUGGACAGGGAAGGGGUGGAGGACACAGGGAGACUAUAUAGUGGCAAUGAUUGCCUAGUCGCUAAUUUCAAACAUUUAGGAGAUAUACCUUAAUGAGUCCUAUAGAAUUUCGUUUUUAACUAUUUAUGUGGCGGCUGGCUAGCAAGCACUGGCCAGCCACUACAUAAUUAACCCAAGCACUGCCUAGAGUUAUUUAUUUGUUUGCUGGCACUGCUGAGAGUUAUUUAACUAUUUGCUUGCCAGUGGACAAUUUUUUUAAUUUUUUAAUUUUUUUAUAUCUAGCAUUUAAGCAUCUGGGCUCAGAGUUGAAUAAUUUGGAUCCAGUUUUCAUCUGUUUGGUGGAAUUUACUCCAGCUAAAAUCUGGUGGAAAUUCAGGCCCACUUGGUGCCUGUAUGUCAAAAUCUUACCAUUGCUAAGUAGUGUGAACAAUGUCUGAAUUUUGCAGUUUGAAUGACCCCCAAUGCAGCCAGAUGGUUUUACCCAAUUUAAUAUGGGACCAUUUGGACUUUAGUGAGUAACCCUGUCAGAGUACGAUUUUGAUAUUUCAAAUAAAAUAAUGAACAUUAUUAUACAGCUACUAAUUGUUUAUGAAUUUACUUUCCUUAAAGCAUCAUGGUUCAUUCAGAGUGAAGAUCUAUAAUAGAGAAGAUUUCAGAGAUCAUAUGAUGGAGUUCACUGAAGACUGCCCCAAUGUCUAUGAUAGAUUCCGUUACAAUGACAUUCAUUCCUGCCAGGUACUUGAUGGCUACUGGAUGUUCUAUGAGGAGCCUAACUACAGGGGCCGCCAGUAUUACCUGAGACCUGGAGAGUACAAAAGAUAUUCUGACUGGGGUGCCACAAACCCUAGAAUUGGCUCAUUCAGAAGAAUCCACCAUGUCUAAUAAAUUGUAUUAAUGAGGCAAUCAAAGUGCAAUUUACAAUAUAUUAAAUUUAUUAGAACAUUAGUAUGUGUUAUUGUGUUUUUACAGUGCUUAUAUUAGCAGUGUUUUAAAGUAUAAUUAGCAUGUACGAGAAAAUAAAACUCUUUUAUCCUUCUUCAUUAGAAAUUUCUCUCUAGUUUUUUCUAACUUUUCACCAAAAUUGCCCUACUUCUUUAGCUUUGUCACCACAGUGCCUCUCUUCUCUUAAUCCUUACUUCUAUUACCCAUUCUUUCUUAGCAGUGAUUCCCCACUGUUUUCUCCCUGUGCCACCAUUCUCUCAAUUUUCAUGUCCGUUUAUCUCUUCUUUAGUGGUGUUCCCCCAAUACCAUCAUUCUCUUAAUUCUCUCUUCUAUUGUAUCACUUCUUUAACAGUAUCCACCCAGGGCUCUCUCACUGUCCCUUACCUUUCAAGUAGUGUGGAAAUGUUUUUAAAAAAAAAAAAAAUUUCCAAGGUCCUAAAUUAGUAACUCAAUGCAUUUGUCCGUCAUGGCAAUCUACUUGUCCUGACACAAAAUAAUUUGAAAUUAGAAAGUUUGAGGACCCUGCUGAUGCCUGGAUAUUUGCAGUAUUGCUCACUAUAUGUUCCCAAAUACAAUGCAAAUGGAUAACUUAGCCAAAAAUAGUUAAUCUGAAGAGAUUCUCCAACUCAGUUAUAGUCACAACUGGAAACUGGUUGCCAUUCUGAUUUUAUUUUUUGAAAAUUAGCAUCUCACCCUCUCUCCUGAUAGUGUGUUUGUGGUGUGUGUCAACUGUGUGUAAUAUGUGCGUGGUGAGUACUUGCUGUACGCAAUGUAAGUCUAUGGUGUGUGCUGGUUGUAUGUAAUGUGUGUGGCGUGUUCUGGCUGUAUGUCAUUUGUAUGUGGUCUGUGCUGGCUCUAUGUAGUGUGUGUCUGUGGUAUGUGCUGGCUGUAAGUAGUGUGUGGGGCUUUGUCAUCCCACCUUUGGUUUCCUUGUGACUUUUCUGGAUCCCUGGUGGUCCACUAGUGGGUCCUAUCAUCCUGUCAGAAAAAAUAACAAAGGAUGAGUGCUGGGUAACCAAACAGGAACAGUAAAAAUAAAUAUAUAUAAAAACACAAUGAAAACUGAGAAUAAAGUCCAAUAUAAAAAAAAACCCACACAAUAAAAACUCCAAUGAAAAGUCAAUGUUUAAUUUGCAAGGAUACAACAAAAUCCCAUGAAAGAGUCUCUCCUUGUUUUAAUUAUCAGGUCAAAGAAUGUUUGGGAUCUUUAUUAAAAAAAAUAAAAUAAAAAAAAACCUGAGAAAAUCUAAUAGUGUAGUAUCUCACAAUAAUAUAAAACUCUAAUAUUUGUAGAUUUUCUGUAGUAUUACUGACAUUUGUUAGCGCUAGUACUAGCUCUAGUGUAGUUAGCGUGUAGUGAUAUUAAUCUGCCACUUCUACAAUAUGCUUGAAGAUAUGUCUCAGGAGCGUAAAGUAGGACCUAAAUAAAUAGAGAAAAAAAAAACAGCAUUAAAGUCCACAUAUGAAAUGAACCAGGAGUAACAUCAAAGUAAUUUACUCACAAUUAAUUGAGCAGGCUGACAACUCAAUGAAUAAAGCAUAAGUAGUUGUAUCCCCACCUUCUUUAGCGAGGUCCUCACUGGAACAGUAGACAGAGAAGAUUUCAGAGAUCAUAUGAUGGAGUUCACUGAAGACUCCUCCAAUGUUUGAAGACUGCCCCGAGCAGUAGAAAAAACAUAAAAUAAUUUAAAAAAAGGUAUAUGGCACACUGACAGUAAUAAAGUAGCCAAUAUUGCUUUAUGAAAACAGAAUUAAAAAAAAAAUCCACAAUGCAUUUUGCCACACAGGGCUUUAUCAAGUGGAAACAAAAAGUCAAAACCUGGCAAACAGAACUAUUUACAGGAUGUGCAAACAUAUCAAAGUUGAAUUUGGCUCCAAAAUGACAUCAUCAUGUGACGUUAAUACAAACAAUAUGCCAAUAAUAUAGGUAGGUAUAUAAAUGUAAAUACCAAAAAAAAAAAGCCUGCACUCAAACUCCCACUACUCUUGGGCGGCAGCAAUGACCGCAGUACACAUCAAUCCCAAUACAUGCAGUAAAAACCAAAGAAAAAAAAGUAGUGGGAGUUUAAGAGCAGGACUUGUUUUUUUUUCUAUUUCUAUUCACUUUUGUAUAACAGAGCUAUGUUACACCCAUCCCAUGUGUUCUUUGUCUCAUUAGAGAUAUAUUUGCCAGAAGCUCAAGGAAACAAGGUGAAAGGUUAGUGUAGGACCCACCUGAGAGGUUUGCCUUGACAUGGUAGAUGAGCUAAACUCUCAUGGCCAUUGGAGCAACUAAAUAACCUCCAUUUGUUUAAAUAUGCAUAGGGAUUUGGGAAGAGUGCAUGUAACUUUUCUUCUUAGGUAUAUAAAUGUGCUAGAAUUAUAGGAAGGUUUAAACAAGGGUUUUUACCUUAAUGCAGGGGUUCCCAAUUAAUCUUUCCUAUGAAACCCUUUGACACAGAGUAUCAACAUGGUGUAUCUGUGUUUGUAUGAGCCGGUGUGUAUCAAGGUGUAUAUAUCUGUGUUUGUGUGUGUAUCUCUGUGUCAGUGUGUGUGUGUGUGUGUGUUUGUGUAUGUAUAUAUAUGUAUCUGACACAGAUACACACUGGCACAUAGUGGCACACAGAUACACGCUGACAUACAGAUAGACACUUAGAUACACACUGACACACAUUUUAACUCACAAAAACACACACACUCAGAUACACACGGUGACAUAUACACACUGGCACAUACACACACUGACAUACUCAAAUACACACGCACUGACAUACACAUGCAAACACACUGAUACACACUGGCACACACAGUGACACAUACACAAACCUUGACACACACUGACACACGCAGACACACAUACUCUUUGACAGACACAGAUACAUUCUCACUGACAAACACACAUACUCACUGACAAGAACACAUACAUUCUCACUGACAAAAACAUACACUCUCACACACUCACUGACAAGCACACAUUCACUCUCACUGAUAUCAUAUUCCGGCUCCAGCAUCACUGCUGUGCGCGUGAGGGAGCUGAGCAGGGAGAUCACUGCUCACUGCUCCAUCACCGCCUGCGGCCAUUUUAUUUUUGAAACUUUUGGCACAACCCCAAUUAAGGAAAUGCUGCCUUAAUAUAAGGAAAGCUAGAUGCCUGAAACAUUGGGAUUUGACUAUCUCCUGCUCUAGGUCAGUAUGCCUGUGAAUAAAUUUGUUAUAUGGGUUUUGAGUUUGAGUACAUUAAACUAAACUGUGCUAUUUAUUGUACUUUGUUUUAUGACUUUUAUUGAUUCACUGUAUGAAUAAAAAUUAUUUUAUGUGCAAUAUAUUUUGGUGUGUUUUGGGUUUAUUUUUUACUAUGGUUUUGGACAGGGUGGGGGAUAUGGUUCUCAUUAAGCACCCAGCAUUUUCCUAACCACAUAAUUCACCAAAUUAACCAAUACUAGUUGAGCACUUAUUAUAAUUUUGUAUGCAAAACCAAGAGUUAUAACAUGGUUAAAAUUCAUCUAGAAGCAGUUCAGGUGACGCAAGACUUACGUAGCAUCACUAUCACAUAAUUAUUUAACGGGAAAUGUAGUCCGUCAUUGAUAGAUGGUACUUAGUACAAGCAGUCCUACUACUUCCUGGUAGGUUUAGCUCAGUGGAGCUAAACACAAGAGAUAGCAAUUGAUCAGAGCACCUGCCUUGGAAAGUCUUCUCAUUGAGCUGCAUUGGGAAGUCUAUAAUUGGACAGCCACAGAAGGUCUGAGCGGGGUUGGAAGGGCAAGACUUAAGACAUUUUCAGAUACGAGAACUGCAGCUUUUGCAAGCUGUUUUUAGUUAUAGCCCCAAUAAAAAAAUGCAUAAUUAAAUGCAUGGAUAUUUUCAUUGAGGUUAUCGCUACUAAGUAGUGUUUAUUUGUUUUGAAUGUGGGCAGUGAAGUGUCCCUUUAGCUAACUUACCUGAAGAUUUUAGAGACAUUAGUUUAUUAUUUAGCAGGAUAUCAUGUAGGUUUUUUUUAAUUAACCGAAUGCCUUUAUGGGUGUGGAAAUUGCAGGGAAUGUAGAAAUACAGGAAUGAAUAUGAUUUAUAAAAGGUUUUAACAAUCCACAGAAUAAGAGAGAAAUGUUACUAUUAAACAGCUAAUUACGUGUCACUCAAAAAAAAAAGUAAUAUAUUUAAUUUUAUGUACAUAUGGUUUGGGAUAUGUAAACAAAACAACCAGAUCCCUCAGAUUCCUGAGAACACGAGAGCAUAUACAUAACAUUAGGAAUAGUUUUGAAAAACAUAGCCUCUUGCUGUGAUAGUGAUCCUACCAAACUUCAAUUUAUGGGGAUAGGAUUUAGUUAAAAAGAUGGGACAAGAGAUGAAAUGGAUUUUUAAUUUCAAUUCCUUAGUACCAUUUGGUCUCAAUUGUGACUUUGACAUGCGUCCCUAUUUAUAAUGAUCAAUUUUUAAUAUAAAGCGUAUUUUUAGGAAGGGAUAUUGAUUCAUCAUCAUGAAAUACAUUACAAUGUUAUAUGUGUACAAAAUAUAUCACAUUUUUUUAUGAAAUAAUAAGUUAAUUCUGUGGAUAUGCUUUAGUUUAGGUGCUAGAGUUGUGACCAUUCCCUUUUUUUGUAUAUAUAAAAAUAUUUCCAAACUGUUUUACUAAUUAAUUUGAGGUUUUUAGUUUAAUUUUUUCCCUCUAUAUGAAUGUGGUUUAUUUGUAUGGUAAUAUGUACUUGUGAGAUGCUGAAGUAAUGAGUGCAGCAUUCUCCAUAACAUGUAUGAUAAUACACAGAAGACCUUUACCCUUAGUUGGUAGGUCUCUUACCAGUAUACAAAUUGGAGUAAUGGAUGAUACAGAAAUACAGUUUAGGAGGACAUAAUUUGCCCAUAAACAAGAUGACGGACUUGAAAGAGGAACUAAUGCGGUGUGGUCCACCGCGCCAUUUCUCGAAAUGAUAAAGGAUGCAGCAAGUGACAGCUAGCAGGUCAGAAAUCUCCCUUAUGCCGCAACCAGACGGCAGCAACCAAUGGGAUCCUGAACUGACAAGAGAAAAGGGGAGGAAGCAGAAUUAACCGGUUGAUAAAUCUCAUAAAGGGGGUUGGGGGGAAAUCAGAAGAAGGAUAGCCUAUGAACUAUCAACUGAGUAUCAUAUUGAGUACUUUAAUAAUUGAUUGUUUAUUAUUUUAAUUGGUUUUAACUGUUUAUUUGUUAAUACAUAUUCUGAAGUCCUGCAAGCUUUCUAAACUGGCUUCUUCUGCAAAGAAAGGUUGUGCCCUCUUGUUAAGGACAUCAUCUACUAUACUUAUAGCCAGGUCCCUUGAGAUACUAACUAGAGUGUAAUAGCUAUAGUAGUUAUACUGACACAAGUGUAGUGUGUAAUAGUUAUACAUAUAUUCACUACAUACACAGUCAACCAUCUAUCAUGCACACAGAGCACUUUUUGGAUUUGGAUUUAAAUAAGUAUUCUCCCCCCUCCUCCCCCCCUGUUUUCUCCCCACUACCACCACUGUGUCUCUUCCGAUCACUCAAGCUCCAUUCUGGUUUUAGCAACAAAUUUUCUGUGUGUGUGUACAUCUGUGAUUAUGUGUGUGUGUGUGUGUGACUGUGUAUAGGUCUGUAAUUGUAUGUGUGGGUCUGUGAUUGUGUGUAUAUUGGUGAUUGUGCGCAUAGGUCUGUGAUUGUAUGUGUGUCUUUGAUUAUGUGUGUAUAGGUUUGACAUUGUGUGUGUGUGUGUGUGUAUGCGAUUGUGUGUGUGUAUCUGUGGUUAUGUGUGCAUAUGCAUAUACGUGUGCAUGUGUUUAGUAGAUAGCUCCCUAAUUUGGUAUCCUUAAAUAUGACAAUCCCACAUAAAAAUAAGAAAUAAGGGAGUUAUCUACUAAACAAAAUUAAGAAAAGGGUUUUUGAAGUUUUAUAUAUAAAUUAAUUAUAUUAUAGAUUUUAUGUGUGGCCCAAGACAAUUCCACUGCGGUCAAUGCGGCCCAGGGAAGCCGAAAGGUUGGACACCAAGGAACUAGAUGUUUAUUGACUUUAUACCUUACUAUAAGGUAAUACAGCUUUACAAACUACAAAGAUCUUCCAAUACAAUUGUAUUGUUGAAUUUGUCUUGAUCAUAGGUCCACAAUACGUGUUAAUAUUUACUGAUAAAGAAAACUAUUUUUAGUACCAGGAAGCUCAAAAAUAUCCAACAAAUAUAAAACUGAUAAUUGCUGGAUAAUUUAUUCUCACAGCAAAUAUUGGUUUAAUUUUGCUGAUUUACAAUGUUCUCUCUUGGGUAAGAAGGUAAAAUAUUGACAUAAUGUUAGAACAGAUCUAUGAGCAGUAAGUACAAGCUUUGUUUUGGAUCAAAGAAAACUUUGAUAAUUUGUCUAUCUACACCUUCCAAAUUGAUUAAUUAAUGCGUGCACGCUUUCCCUAGAAGUAAUUCACACCGGAGACAAAGUUUCUGAUCAGUGAAAAACCAAGGAAUGCUUUAUUCCCCGGAGUGGGGGCUCCUUCUUAAAGCAAAAAUAUGUCACAGUUUAAACAUACAGUAUACAUUCAACAAUUGGUUAACAGUCUAAGGGGUCUUGUCUAACCCCCCUUUACAGGAUGUAGUGUCAUCAUUACAGACUUUUCCCGCCUAUAUUCCAGCUCCUGGAUACACGAUGGGAGGGGGAGUGAGUAGUUUCUUUCAGUUACUUUAACAGUGAUUCUCCAUUUUGUUACACGUGACAUAUAGCUGUUAACUGGCACAAAGGAAGUGGGGGAGGAGUAAGUAAAGGAAGCUGUUAACACAGGAAUUUUGGUUACACAAGGUUUGCUUGAUGGGGAGGAGGGAGGCUAGCAGGAUGAAGAAUUUACAUAGGAAACAUCAACGGAACACAUUGUAGGGGGGGAAGGGAAUAUUUACUCUAGCAGCCAGUUUUAACAUAGUGAACACAGAAUAAAUAGACAUUAGUAAAUAGCCAUUUUAUUUUAAUUCAUCUGUCCAUAACAGCUUGACAAUGUUCCUACCUGACCGAUAAAAACAUUGUUUCACUUAUGUUUGACUCAUUAUUUACCGUAUAUGACAUCUAUGCAAAUAUAUAUGACUCCAAAAACUUUUUAUUUUUUUAAACAAACUUAUUUGUAUUUAAUUAUUUCAUAUCAUACUAUGGAUGUGAAAUUUAUUUAUUUUUCCUCAGUUUUUUCCUUUUUGUUUUUCUGUAUUUCAAUUAUGAUCUUAAUACUGUUACUAAUACUAUUGAUAAAGUAUCUAUAUUGAAGAUCUUUUUGCAUUAUGUCAAUGCUCACAUAUCAUAUUAUCUAUACAUUACUGCUUGUUAAAACAAAAAAAAGUAUACAUGUUAUUUAUAUUAUUAUUAUUUAUAAACAAUUAAAAGCAUUUGAAAAGAACAGAUCUUGUCACAUUAUUGUAGAGCUCUCUAGGAAGAGCCAUGAAAUGGAGGUACCAGCAAGUAUACAAACAUCAGUCACAUACAAGUAUAGAGCUGUGUCAUACACAAUAAAGGAUACAAUAGCUAUACAUUCUACCUAGUGGCAGAAAGAAAACAGCUCAGCAUUGCUUUCUGUGGAUGUAAGCAUCAGCAAGAAACAUGGUAUAUAAAGGCCCCUCAUCGUGUGUGACCACACAGCUUGCUUGAGCAGAUCAUCUCUAAACUGAAAAUGGGGAAGGUCAGGUCAUAUUAAAAACCUCAUCUGCAGUAGAAACACAAUCCAUAUCCAAAUUACAUUUUAUAAAAUAUGAACAAUUGUUGUUUUAAAAGAGAUGUCUACCACAAAACAACUAGUGGGUUGACAUAAAUAGGUAACCAUAUAUUUUAAAAAAAAUUAUAUGAUAUAAGGAAAUAUAUUUGCAUACUAUUCUGCUAUUUUUUUUUUCAUGUUGCUUGUAAAUCUAAACUCACUUUUAUGUAAACUGAUGUACUUGGUAAACUGAGAAUGAAACAUAGUAUAAUUACACAGUUAAGGUAAGAAACUUAAAAAGUUACAAGGUGUGGAGAAAAUUUUUAAAUUUAGAGAAGUUAAUAUGUAAAUCUUGGUUUUAUAGUACAACACCUGAUUAACUAAAAUACUUUGUUCACUUCAAAGAACGCUGUUGUAAGGCUGGAAUUAUGACAAAAUGUUUCCCAAUUGAGAACAAACAGAAAUGGUGAAAAGUUCGGAAAGACACUUUGAUAUAGUUUUCUUAACUUGAUUGAAUUUUUUUUGUAUGACUUCUUUUAAAUUGCAUUUUCUUUAUUAAAGUGUGUUGAAUUACAUUUUGCACAUUACAUUAUCUUUCUAAUGAUAGAUAAAUUUAUGUUAAUAUUCUAAAAAGAAUUGUGUUAUAAGUCAUCAAACCUCAGAAAUACAAAUGUAGCAAUUUUGUAGCUAUUUUUGCAUUGUUGUACACUAAUAGAUGCCUGUUUCCUGUAUUUUGGCAUGCCCAAAUGUGUUUUCUAAUCUUAUUCCAUGGACAACAUUCGGCCAAGCCCAGCAACCUAUAAAGAAGCCUGGGACUCGUCAAAAAAAGAAAUUACAUUUCAGAAUAAUUUUUUUCCAAACGAAGAAUCACGCCGUGCACAAGUCUAAUGUCAACUUUUAAAUAAUUAAAAGGCACUGUAAUAAUAGGAUAAAUUAUCAGAAUAUCAUGUAAAAAAUAAACAAACAUAGGAAACAAAAUACUAAAUUUUAAUGUGCUAAAUGUUUCCUUCCACAGAUUAUUUUCUAUGAAGAUCGCAACUUUCAGGGCCACCAUUAUGAUUGUAGCUCUGAGUGUUCAGAUUUGACCAAAUAUUUUCAGAGUUGCAAUUCUAUCCGAGUGGAAACUGUAAACUGGAUCCUGUACGAGCACCCUCACCAUAGGGGACACCAGUAUUACCUUAGGAGGGGAGAAUAUUCUGAUUUCAAUCAAUGGAUGGGGUUCAAUGACUCCAUUAGAUCCUGUCGUAUUAGUCCACAGGUAUAUAUGUUUAUUAAAAAGCAGAUAAUGAAAGCGGGCACUUAAAAAUGCAUUUUAUUCUGCAAGUCAUAUAUUUAAGUUGGAAAAUAUAACUUUCUCUUUAGGAUAACAGUGUUACAUAUUUAAUACAAUAUAUCCUAAAUCACAAAGUCUUUAUUAAACCAUGAAAAACACAUUAGACAGUAUCAUGAUAACAAAACACAAGCUUAUUCUCUAAACAUGGGACAUGUGAAUCGCUGCUUUUGCAUCCAAAUUCUAUAAAAAGUUUAGGAUUUGGAAUAUUCACAAAGUAUCAGUUUUACUAAAAUUCUGAGCCAAAUGCAGCCAGUAAGAUGCACAUUUGUAAAAUGUUUUUCACUUGCUUUUUGCAUGCAAACAACAGUUUUAAGCACUAAUUGCUCACUGGCAUCGCUAGCAGGGUUAAUUAUAUGGCGGCUGGCCAGAGCUUGCUAGCAAGCUACCACAUUAAACAAGUUCAUUAAUAAAAGUAAGUCCUAUGGUGCAGAGGGGGGUUUCAGUAACUUAACUGAUUCAAACUGCGAUGUCCCUCGGUGAUGAUUCAGGCUCCGCCUCUACUCCUCCCAAAAAGUCGCCUAACAAUCCAGAAGUCCCUCUAGUGGCUGUCACUAGAGGUGAAGUGAAACCCGGCAGGUAAUUAUUGUAGUUUAUUAAAAACUGCAAUAAUUACCUUUGCAGGGUUAAGGGAUCUGGGAUAUUGCACCCAGACCACUUCAAUGAAGUUGCUUUGCAGGAUUAUGGUUUUUUAAUUGUCCUUUUUUCAGGCUGAUGAUAAGAAGAAUUACAAGAAAGAAGACUCCAUAUGGUAGUGUAUUUUUUUUCUUCAGAUGUAUUAGUCUCAAUGGGCACCCUCACUAUAAUUAGAGUGAGAGGGAGAAGGUAGUAUUCCCUUAACAUAAGAGGGUUGGCUAGGGGAUUGGGUAACACUAAUUACCUGGGAGCGAGAACAAUUACAAAUUUGGUGGGGGUGGACAAUGGCAUGUUCACAUCCCAUUAUUUAAGAAACCCCACCUAGUGAUUAUGACUGAGGGCUUGGAGGAGGAACAUUAUGUCCUCCCCAGAAUAUUAUUAUUUAGGACACUAUAUAUUUUCUGUUAUAUUAUAAUAGCCCCCAACUGCCACCUUUGGGUAGGGGUUGUGGGGGAUAUUAUAUAUCUGUAUAAAUGUAAUAACCCACAUCUGCUAACCAUGGAUGGGGACAUUAGAAUAUUCCCCCCUUUGUCUUUUAUUUAAUGGCCCCCACCCAUGUCCAAUGAAUGGGUGGAGGGCACAGGGAAACUAUGUGUCAGGGUAUAGCCUGGCAUGCAUUCCGCCGUAGGAACCCACUUCCGGGUUCACGGCGCUUAGCCCCGCCCCUUUUUUCUGACGUGGUCCUUCGACGAUACUUAGGAAGACCGCGCCAGAUUCAAAGGGCUGGAUUAUUUGCACAGGUGCCUGCAAAGUGAUCAGCUGCUCUACCUUGAUCCUGCCUGUAUCAGACCUCGGCUUGCUAAAACGGACUUCUACCUUCUCCACUUCCAUACCACGGCUUGCUAAAACGGACUUCUACCUUCUCCACUUCCAUACCACGGCUUGCUAAAACGGACUUCUACCUUCUCCACUCCUAGACCUCGGCUUGGUAAAACGGACUUCUACCUUCUCCACUCCUAGACCUCGGCUUGCUAAAACGGACUUCUAAUUUCUCCUCCAUUGGGUGUAAUUAACCCCUCCAGUUCCAGAACUGCCUUUUAAGUUAAGUAACUUUUUUCUCCAAACAAGCCACUUUCUGUUACUAAUAUUACACAGUAUCUAAAGGUUCUACUGUGUCAUUCUGUCAAGUUAUUCCUAUUAUUCAUAAGGGAUUGCUACUAAGGCUAAUUCUCCCUCCAAUAAUCAAAUUAUUACUAAUUGCAACUCUGUCCUGCUUCAUUAAUAAUUUUCUCAUAAAUUAUUUCUAAUGGGAAUUAAGUGGCUUGUGUAAAUCAUCAUUGACUUAUACUUCAAUCACAAUUAACAUCCUACAUGUGUAUUUAAAGAUACAGUAACCACUGUUUCAUAUCAGUAUAAAAGGAGGUGAAACUUAUAGUUACUGCAAUUAGAAAAUUCUGCAGUUGAGUUCCAAUUAAAAUAAGUAUUACACUAAGCAUUCCCUGUAAUAUUACUAACUCCAUCCUACAGGAUAAGGUAUUUCUAGUGACUGUGCAGUGACAGUGGCAAUAGUUGCUAAUUUUAACCAUUUAGAAAAUAUGCCUCCACCUGUGGAUGAAGGGGGAGCUUUUAUACCUUCCUUACAAUAAUAUGGGGAUCGUAUUGAGUCCAAAAACUAUAUAAACUUUUUAAAACAAUAUAAUGUAGUGGCUGGCUAACAAGCAGUGGCCAGCAACUACAUAAUUAACCCUCAUACUGCCUAGAGUUAUUUAAUUAUUUGCUUGCUGGCACUGCCGAGAGUUAUUUAGCUAUUUACUUGCCAGUGUACAAGUAUGGAUUUAAUGGACCCAGGCUCAGAUUUGAUGCAUUUGGAUCCAGUUUUCAAUUAUAAGGCAGCAUUCAAUCCGGCCAAAAUCUCGUGCAAAUGCAGACUUGUUCGGUGCACGUAUUGAAAAAUCUAGACAUUGUAAAAUAGUGUGAACAAUGUCUGAAUUGUGCAGUUUGAAUGACCCCAUAUGCAGCCGGAUGGUUUUGCCACAUUCAAUACGGGCCAUUUGGACUUUAGUGAAUAACCCUGUGUAAGUACGAUUUUGAUAUUUCAUAUCAAAUAAUGCACAUUAUUAUACAGCCACUAAUUGUUUAUGAAUUUGCUUUCCCUAAAGCACCAUGGUUCAUUCAGAGUGAAGAUCUAUGAUAGAGAAGAUUUCAAAGAUCAUAUGAUGGAGUUCACUGAAGACUGCCCCAAUGUCUAUGACAGAUUUUGUUACAAUGACAUUCACUCCUGCCAGAUACUUGAUGGCUACUGGAUGUUCUAUGAGGAACCUAACUACAGAGGCCGCCAGUAUUACCUGAGACCUGGAGAGUACAGAAGAUAUACUGACGGAUCCACCAUUUCUAAUAAACUGUAUAAAUGA